CGUGGAGCCACUCGGCGUUCAACAACCCGCUGCGAACACCCCGACCGACCGACGUGCCGACGUGCGUGCAUUAAUAUUACACACGACCUACGUGUUUACCGUGCGCCUUUUUUUUUUUAUUAUUAUUAUUAUUAUCAUCAUUAUUGUUUUUAUUCGGUGUUUAUUGGUAUAAUAUAAUUAUCAUUAUUCGUGUUCGAUUUUUGUCUUUUUUUUUUUUUUUGAUUUCGGUUUUAUCGCGAUCGCGUGUGUGUGCCGAAGUGCGUUUUUUUCCGGGUGUAUACGCGCGGCGAUGAUCUGCUGCCGACGACGUUUCCGCGGUCGUCGUCGUCGUCCGAAUUCAUCGGGCCAAUAGUUCCCCGGAUAUUAUCGGAUUCGCCGGAAGAAAAAAAACAAUCGCGUUUUUUAUUGACUUUUUAGACGCUAUAUCGUUUAUUACCGUUAUCGUAAUUAUUAUUAUUUCUGUUUGAAAAAUACAACAAUUCCGUCGCAUAUCACAUUGCACAUCCGAGGGUGUGACGCGCGUAAAUGACGACCGCGUUAUGUUAAAUCCGUUUAUGGAUAACGCGCCUCUGGCCAACGGCAUGGGCAUCAAGAUCGAGGACGAUUACGUUAUGGCCGCGGCCGCGUCGCAGGACCAGUACCAUCACGGCAGCAUGCACUACGGACAGCCGCCUCAUCCACCGCCGCCGCCUCACCAUCCCGGAUACCCGGGGCCCAGGGACUUUUUGCACAUCCGUAGGGACGUGCAAGAUUACCAUCACGGUCACCACGGUCCGCAUCACGGCCAGCACGGCGGCUCGGACCAUCAUCACCUGAGCGGUCUGUACCCGGCUGUCCACCCGCACGAUUUGCAGCUGCACCACCACCACCACCAUAAUCAGGUGUACCCGCCGCCUCCGCCUCCACCCGCGCAACCGGCACCGCUGACGGCCACCUCGUCGUCGUCGGUCGGCGGCGUCGGCUCGGUGCACGGCCGGCACAACGACUACGGCCAAGACCCGUACGGCUGCGGCGGCGGCGGCGGUGGCGGCAAUCACGCGGGAGCCGGUGGCGGCGGAGGCGGUGCGUUUUACCGAUACAUGCGACAGGGCCCCGUGACGGCCACCGCGGCCACCGCGCUCAAAGACAUGUCGUGCCUGUGGAUCGACAAGCCCGGCCCGCCUAUGCGCACGUGCGGCAAAAUGUUCGGUUCCAUGCAGGACAUCGUGUCGCACAUCACCGUCGAGCACGUCGGCGGGCCCGAGUGCACGACGCACGCGUGCUUCUGGCACGGUUGUGAGCGCAAGGGCCGGCCGUUCAAGGCCAAGUACAAGCUGGUCAACCACAUCAGGGUGCACACCGGCGAGAAACCGUUCCCGUGCCCGUUCCAAGGAUGCGGCAAGGUGUUCGCCCGGUCCGAGAAUCUCAAAAUACACAAGCGCACCCACACGGGUAAGUGGACACCCCUUGAAGUAUAAUAUUCCGCAUGUUUUUGGGAAUUUCGUCCCGGCUCACCAAAUUUUUUUUGAGUCUUGAGUAUUUGGUUUUGUUCAUUGUUUUUAUGUUUUCCGUAGGACUGCGCAGUGUUUAAUGCAUUCGCAUCAUAGGCAUAUUUUUUUUCACAUCUAUUAUUACGUUAAGUGCAAUGAAUGCCGCCCGAAUUUUCACGAUUUUCCCGUCAUUUAUUGGGUAACUAAAUGCAUGGGACGAAAUGCAUAAUUUUUCGGCUACUAAAAUUAGGUGUUUCGCGUCGACCCGUCUAUAAAUGCAUGCGUUCACGUGCAUUUUUUUUUUUUUUUUCGUUGGUUUUACUGAUUGUACACUUUAUCGAUGGGCGAUUGAUAGACGAUUCGGGAAUACCAACAUAUCCGUAUAUAAUAUUGUAAUAACCAAAUAACCGUUAUCUACGGCAAAAACCCAAUCAAAAUCUCCUGACUUUCGUCAAAAAUAGCGAAUUGAAAUGAAUUAUACGCGUCGUAUCGUGAACCUAACAUCUGGAAGAAAACAAUUGGAAUGCGGAGGUUUAAAAAGUAACGAUUUUCAGUCUGCUCAGUUAACUGGCGGGCAAUAAUUUAUUGGAUUAAGUUAUAAAGCGCGUAUAUUAUAUAGUUAUUAUUAUUAUUAUUUUUUUUUUUGUACUUAAGUAAAUAUCGGCGUUUUUUUUUUUGUAUUCAUCCGUUAUAAUAUAUCCCGCCCAUAAAAGGAUAAAAACAAAAAAAAAAAACUUCAAAGGUACUAAUUUUGUUUAUUACGCGCGAUAAGCCCGGGAAUCGCAUAAAUUAUAUAGUGUUGAAAACACGUACAUCCGUGUAAGAGCGUAUACCCGUGCAAUAAAAUUAGGGUUUUUAUUAUUAUUAUUUUUGUUUUUAGAUACUAGUUGACUAGUAUCCUAGAUAUGACUAGAGUCCGGUAAUACUUUGCUAUUGCUAGAUAAUAGUGUAAAUAACAGUAAUGACCCGCAAUGAUAAUAAUAAUAGUUUUCCUUGACAACCAAAUAUCGCAGUCAUCCAUGUCACCAAGGUUACACCCACGAAAAACCGAAAAUAAAUAAAUAAACAAUCAGAAGAUAUUCAAAUGAACCAAAAGAGUACCUAAAACAUAUUUAUUGCGAUUUUUUCGUAAGGAUCUCUAAUUUUUUUGAAAAUAAAACAGCCCGUGUUACUCGCUGAUAAUGUAUUGUUUUGUACAGGUGAAAGAAGUUUAAAAUCGGUUAAACAGUUUUUGAACUUUAUCCAUUAUACAAGCAAAUCGUUUCUCUUUAUAAUUUUAGUAUAUGUAUAAAUAUAUUUAGAUAGACAAACGACGAUUUUUUUUUUUUUUUUUUUUUACAUCGUCAAUACAAAUAGCGAGUUGAAUUUUAAUUACACUUCUGCUGCACGCGUAUUGUAAUUUCAAUAACAAAUGACUUUUGAUAUUUCGAUUACAAUGUUACAUUUUCCGCAAUCAAAUACACAAUAAAUUUGAACAAUUAUUUGAUUUCCUCGUUUAAUAAUUUGUUAAUCCUCCCCCCCUCACGUGUUUAAUAUGUACCGUCCUUAUUUUUAAUCAAUCUAUGUGUACUUAUAUAAGAAUGUUCGGAAAAUAAUGUUAGAAAAUAACGAAAAUCGGAUCUUUUCGGACACCUAAUACAAUCAUACCUAAACUUCAAAUCAAAGUUCAACGCGACCUACAUUUUGUAGGUUUAUUUUAGGUAUAUUUAAGUACGAAAAACAUCAAAAUCGAAUUAUUUCGCGAGACGUGACAAUUUCUGCCGUAUUCGUACAAAAUGUACGGUGUCUCCGACAGCCUGUUAAGCGCGCUAUUUAAUUUUUCUCACGAACCUCACGCGACAAAGUGAAUUUCCGUUGUUAACGUAAGCGUUAGAGCGAAUUGACCUAUUAUCAAAUUUAAAUUUAAGAACAUUAGUUGUGUUCGUGCGUUCGUUGUAUCACGAUAUUUCAAUUUUAAAACGAGAUAUGAACGGUUUUAAAUUGUAUUAUUUUGCACACCCGUAAUUUACGUAAUGAUUGAAAAUGUCGUAAACGUUCUUAACAUUAAAUUUUUCAGUUUAUUUCGCGCUAAAUACUUGAGGCUUAAAUAUUAAGAUAAUAAAGCAAGUUUGGCAAUUCUGGACGUGAAUUUGCCAGAUUCGGACUGAGAAGACGAAUAGUACGCCGACAUCUUCUCAAUUUCAUUUUUUCAAAUUGCCUUUUUAUAAAACAUAUUUCUUCUAUUGUUAUUAUUUUAUUUUUUCGUCAACUAACUAUAAUUUCGACUCGAUUGACAUUUAUUAACGUUCAUUAUUAACUUGUCGCACAACAUUUUACUGAAAACAAAAAACAACCCCGAACUCCUGGAGCAGAGCAAUGCAUGGGAUGUACAGCACACAUUGUGCAGCGCAUUACGAAAUCGUCAUAAUAUUAUUACGAAACAAAGUACAUACAUAAUAUAUUAAAAAAUUACUAAAAAAAACAAUAAUAACGCGACGACGAUUAUAAUAUUUCAUAAACGCCUCUUCGGAAUCGUAAAAAGAAAGAAAAAACCAGACAAAAACGAAAUCCAAUGUUCAAUUUUUUUUUUUUUCGGUAUUUUUUUUCUCCUUUUUAUUGUCUAAUUCGUAUACAAAUAUAUACAUAUAUAUACGGGCGAAUAAAAAUAUAAUAAUAACCGACUGGUUAUAUAGGGUGGUUAUAGUCAUCUCAAGCACCUCUAUUGUGACCCACCCUUUUUUCUCCUUUCUUCGGACGGCUAUACGACGACGAAUACGCGUUUUCUAUAGCUAAAUAACAUAAUAUUAUCUGCGACCGCCUCCGCCGCGCUGUUAUUAUUUAUUUAUUCUUUUUAUUGUUAUUAUUUUGUUAUCGUUUAUUUAGCCGGAAACUUUUUUCGAGUCCGACAAGUGUCGAUAUUAUAUUGUAACGACAACAACCGCGCGAUAAUAAUUCGUUCGUGCGUCCGCUGAGCUUUCCCGGGCGUUUCUCGUCGCAAUAACUCAUUUUUCGCGCCUCCAUAAUCCCCAAAGAAAUAAAAAAUAACACCAGUUGCCUAUAAUGUAACGCUGCAGGUACAGCUCCGGUUUAUUUAUUAUUUUUCGACAAUAAUCGCAUUCUCGAUGUUUGUAGCCAGCGGCGGUGAUCCGAAUCGCACGUCAGACAAACAUACGUCUGGAUUGCAUACAUGCCAUACUUCAUUCAAAAGAAUCUGUCCGAAUGUUUCUUUACGCCAUACUUAUUACUCUAAUCAGCUAGUUUCAUUAUUUUCAAUUUAGUUCACAAUUUUGAUUCAAUGGCGGAUAAAGCUAUUUUCUUUUAUCGAUAGUUGAAUCCAAGAGCUCCUACAUUAAAGGGUCCACUAAAUGAAAGAGCCCCUCGAAAAAUGUCUACCCCAAAAUAAAAUCUUUAGACCAAGUGGAAAGGGUCUCAUAAUAUUAUGAAUAACACGUUACAGGGGUCCGUCGGGAAAAUGAGUAAUGAUUUAUCGGAAAACACUUUUUCGGCUAGUAAAAAAAAUGGUCAGAUUUUUGCUAGUCAUUUAAAAACGCGAAACUUAAUAGUACUUUAAUUGAAAACAAUUUCACAAGGUUUUCGUUAACAUUUUUAUUAAAAAAAAACCAACAACAACAAACGUCGAUACACGUCCGUUUUAUUCUCGUUGAUUCCUACAGCAGGGUUACCCUGAUACUACGCGGCAUUAAAGUAAGCCGUUGCUUUACCGCGGUUUAUCGUAAUCGAAUGGGUUUUUUAUUUUUUUUUUUUUUCAAUUCUACACGAGUUGCGAUAUAUCUGUAUGAAAUCAUAUUACAUAUACGAGUUUCAAAAUGGCGCAUUUAUAUUACAUAUGUAUACCUACGCGUACAACUAUUAUUUUAAAUCGCGCGCGCGGCAAGAUUAAUCGAUUUUAUGCGCGGCCGAUUUCGCGUACGAAAGUACAGUGGGUAUACAGUAGGUACGUUAAGUGGACGCCACACCCGCAUGCGCGUAUUACGAUUUGCUGUCUCCGUCUUAGCACUGACGCACGAGCAAAUUUUCGUUCGGCAGCCACAGCUUUGCGCCGUGAAUAUUAAAUAUUAAAGCGCAUUGACCGGUUGCCGCGCUCAAAUGUUAGAGUAACGUAUUAUUUGCGCAACGUUCGAUUUUUGUUCACGGCGGUUUUUUUUUUAACUUUUGAGCGAGGUGAUAUGUGAAACAUCACAAAUUAAAAUAACGCGAAUGCUGCGGCCCGUGACGCGCUCUCAGGAUACACCCCUGAGCAGUGUUAUAUAAAUAUGUUCGUUUCAAAAUAUCUUGAGAAAUACAUGAGCUAAUUGCUAUAAUAACGAUCUAUACAUACAUAUAUAUAUAUGUAUGAAAGACACAUAACGAUAUAUGAAUAUGUAAUGAUAAAAAUCAGAUACUUGUAUUGAAAUAUUAUAAACGAUUUGUAUUAUAACUCUGAAAUUGUGUUCAUAACCUGUAAUCGUACGAUUGAGUACGCUAAAAGUAGUAAAAGUGUACCAGAUUUGUUACGUCACGUCUAGAUAACAAAAGUUCGUGCGGUCGUUGUAACUGUGUUAAUAAUCUAUCGAAAUCGCUGUGAAAAUUAAUACGAAUUGCAUACUCGUAUUUUACCUAUUGUUUUUAAUAAAUUUAAUAAAAUUUGGCUAUAAAUGAUUCAAUCGUUUAUCUCGGAUAACGGCUCGCUCAUUUAACAUUUAUCUUAUAGAUUAGAUAAAAUAUAAAAAUAUAUCUAUCUAUGAAUAGUUUAUAUGGAGAAAACACAACUGCGCCUUCAAGUAAACUAUAAAGUGUUAGUAAUAAUAUUAGGGAUCGUUAAGGUUUUAAGGUUAGUAGAUAAAUAUAGUGACACGUUGAAAUGAUAACCGCGAUAUACAAUAAUCGGCUUAUACGUCUACCGAUUUGUUCAAGGCGUUAUUAAGUUUCCAAUAGUAGUUUUAUAAAUGAAUAACAAAAGUCGCGUGCCGAUAACAAGACCUUCAAUUACUGUUGGAUAAAGAUGAUUGUCGUGAAAUUUUACGUCCAGUUAGAAAAUUAUUUCGGACGUUAACACGACAACAAUGUUAGUCAACAAAAUUUUGAUCAUAUAAAAAUGAAAAAUGUACUAAUAUGAUAUAAAAUGUUCAAAUAUAUGCUGCAAUAUAUGUCUUUAAAAUAUGACGAUAUAUUCAAAAAUAUGCGAAAUAAAAUGUUAUAUUUAAAUUAUUUUAGUGACGUAAAGAGCCAUACAAAAUAAAAAAAAAACCUAUAAACGCAAGACGUCCUGUAACCUAACAGUAAUUAUAUUAUAAUAUUAUAAAGAACCCGCGCGUUUGCUACCGAGAUCGUAUUAUUGGUCGUGGUCGUUAAAAAAAUAACCUACCGUGACGCUAGCCCGGCCGGCCAGGUACACACCAGACUCGAAACUUGCAACAUCUAUCCCGACAGAUUUUUUUUUCACCGAAAUAAUAUUCAUUUCGAAACACGUGUACUCGCCGGUUUAGUAUUACUAUAAUACGCUUAUGGACAGUGUGUUUUUGGGAAUUUUCGAGAAAGAAUCAUCGCUCGAAAUUGUAUUCUAAAGAAAAGUAAGUAAUCGGGUUUUUUUCUGUUUCGCAGUGGCAAGGAAAUAACGAAUAUUUUAGGCAAAACGUUUUUUUUUUUUUUUUUAGGGGAUACACUGCAACUCGGACUUGGCUCUAAAAGAGUCAUAUACAAUAUUUUAUUUUUUUUUGUUCUCUCCCCCCCCCUUUAAUAUAAUACGCAUUGGUAUUAUGCCAGAAAAUGGUUUUUAUUGAUUUGUCUGCUGCUACUGUCGCGUAUAUACGGUAUUAUAUUUUAAAAUAAUAAUAAAAAAAAAUACCAUUUACUGACAUAUUGCGGCGAUUACGCGCGUGUGUGUAUAUUUUUUUUAUUGUUUUUUUUUCCAUGCCGAAGAAAUUAUCAUUUAAAAAAACAAAACCAAAGCUUUUUGACUUCGAAUAAAAGUAAAUUGGUUCGAUUUUGACGAUUAUUUUCGUGUUCAGACUCCCUACACAGCCCAAAAUUCGCGGAUUUACUUUUUUUUAUACCAUUAUUUUGAAAUCAAAUAAGUAAAUAUGUUAAAUCGACAGAUAAGUAUUAUUAUAUUCCCGUGAAGUCAUAUAUACGUCCCGUAUGGUACAUAUUUUACAGCCAUAUACGUCUCAUAUAGUACCCCUAAUGGGUAUCGAUUCGAGAUUUUGUUAAUAAAUUUAAAUUGUAAAUUGUACGUAAUAAUAAUUAUUGUUAUUACGCGAGUAUUCUUCGGUAUUAAAUAAUAUUAUUAUACGCGCGGGACAACUAUGCAGUGGCGGGCGAGGGGGUUGGGGAGAGGGAUGUCAUUAUUUUAAUAUUUUAUCGAACGAGGACAUCUGAAACGGGUUUAUAUAUUAUUAUUAUACGUUUUUUUUUUUUUUUUUUUUAUAGGUUGUUCUAUAAACAAAAUAAAUUACACGUUCGCGCAUUAUGAAUGGUAGGUAUAGGUAUAGGUAGUUAAUAUACGCGUACGCGGGGAGUGGGGGGAGAAGAGAUGGGAAAAAAACUGGUUCUCGUACCGAGCAUAAAUUUCGAAAAACCGUUCUCCUACAACUCCUCUCCGAGAUUGGGUGGAAAAAUAUUAUUAUAAAUGGCCCGAUAUUAUAAUAAUAACGCCGUAUAUACAUAUAUAUACAACGGCAGCGUUGGCCAUAAAUUUCGUGUUUUUAUGCGCCUCGGAAAGUUUCCAGCCCGUUUUUUAACACAUACGACACACCGCAACACUCUGUAUGCGUAUAUACGCAUAUUGUGUUACAUUAUAACAAAAUAAUUUUACGCAUUCGAUCAAUAUAUUGUAAUAUUAUUCCCGCGCGUUCGAGUAGGUACCUACUGGAUGUUGUAAUCGUAUUGUCACACUAUCGCGCGAUACAAUAAUACGAGAGUCGGUGAUGUCCUGCAAACGACGCAGUUAGUGGUCUUGAGGAACGGGUGGGGGGGAGGGGGAGUUUAGCGCCUCGAAAUUCUGUCAACCUCCGUUCCUCCUCCUGAUCAAGUUGUUUUUGUCGAGUAAAUAACACGCGGCCAGUGCAGAUGUCACAGCAAUCCACGAGUGUAGAAAAAUCGGCCGGAUUCGAAUGUUCGCAUAUCUAAUAUUGAACGACUGAAAUGACGCCCCGGGAUAGCAGGCGAAAAUAUAGAAAACGCUAUCAAUAUGUGCAUAAUCAAUAAUAUAUAAGCCCCCUCCCCAACACCCCGAAAAAAUUAUUAUGGGUCUUUCACGCGAAAAACGGUCCACAAAAAGUAAUCAUUUAAUGCGUAGAUCCAAACGCGAUUUUCGGCCGUCGCGGUUUAACGCGCGUGUAAACCGACUGUACUUAUAAUUUGAAAAAAAAAGAAGCCAUCUUAUGUUGUACCUAUAAUAUUAUUACACAAGCUGACGAAAAAAAAAAGCGCGAUAAAAACGUCACAUCGCGCCCGAGUUUAAGCGUAUAAAUAAUAUUAUAAUAAUAUACAAACCGCUCGUCACGUGCUCGAAAUAUUAUGUUUACAGUAUAAUAAUGUAUAUGUAUAUAUAUUAUUGUGUAUCUAAACGAAAAGAUUUUUUUUUUUCUUUUUCUGGAUUAAGAUCUUAUCCGCCACCUCGCGUGCUAUCUAUCGGUAUUAUAUACAGGUAGGCGCACGAAUAAAAAAUAAUAUACAUAUAUAACAACGCCGAAAUUGUUCGGAAUGUGUAUACAUUAUAUAGUAACAGCAACUAUUGUGUACCUACAUAAAAAGCGAUUAUUAUUAUUAUUAUUAUUAUUUUUUUUUUUCGAGCGGUUGUUAUAAGUUUUGAAAAAACAAUAAUAACCGUAGCCGCGUAUUUACAUACUUAUUACUCGUUUUUAAACAAUAUCAUACAAUAAUAAUACAACCCAUUCAAAAUGACCUUAUAAGCCAUUUUACGUAUGUAGUUAUAAACUCCUACACAAAAAUAUUAUUUACAAUGUCCCACUAUCGUAUUACAAAGAUGUGUAAGUUCCUACAGAAUUAGUGGUCCCCUAACGCGAUCACUGCAAUUUUGUUUAACGUUUGUAUACAAUAUUUUAUAAUAACAAUAAAGUAAUCUAAAUAUUUAAAAUAUCCUUUCUUUCGGAAAUCUUUAAUGUUGUAUACGCACAUUUUCAAUUAGUUCCCAUCUACUAUAGUUUUUUCCAUCUGCAACAGUGGCACACCCGUUAACAGAUCAACUAUUUUUUUUAUAUUGUAUUACUAAAAUGUUCCCAAAUAAUACAUUUCGCAAAAAAGUUAGGUCAGUUACUUUAAGUUAUAAACAAUUUUUAAGACGGUUUCCAAAUUUUCUCAGAUUUCGUAAAAAUUUAAAACUUUUUGUUUACAUUCCAAUGGCCAUUUAAAUGAUAAAAACUGUUCCAUUAAUCUACUGUCCGUUACCUUUUUCAGGGAAAGGGUUACGAUCGUUUAAACGAACGAAUAUAUCGAACGUUUUAGACCGAACGGCCAGACAGAACUGUAAGAAAUGCGAUUGACAGAUUUUAAUUUUGAAAACGUAUUACGAUAUUUCGGGUUAUUUACUAGGUUAGAAAUUAUUAUUUUUUAAAUUUCGUUCUUUGGAUGAUAACAUACGUAAAAGGCAAAACACUCUAAGCGCAUUUUUCAAAUAUUUUCGAAAACACAAUACAAAAUCAUUCACGAUAUCCGGUAAAAUAAUUGCAUUUCUAUUUCUACCGUACGCCCUAUAGUAAAACGCCUUAAGAACCAUCACGCACUAGGAUUUCGAAACCCGUCAAACGCAACAUCUCUCUACAGCUUUUAGGUGUGAAAUCGAGCCGUGAAAUAUGUGCGGUUUUCGUAUAUAGUACACGUACUUUUGUUCUUCGAUACCCGUACAGCGCGUAUCGAACGAAGGCGGUUUCCCUAUUUAGGCGUAUAUCCGUUUAUUUUCGUAGGAGUUUACGACCCGCAGUAAAAAAAAAAAAAAAAAAAAAACAAAAAAUUCGUCCGAUCAAUUCCCGUCCAUUUUUUCGAGGACGUACGCGCGGCGCUUAGGCGUACGGUUAUUGUGGCGUUCGAAGAACACUGCAGUGUUACACGUUUUUUUCGGGUACAGCUCGAGUUCUUGCGGUUUCGGUAUGUGAUUAUGUUUAGGCGCGAGUACUUAAUACACGCGUUUGCGGUUAGGGCGCACACGUAAUGUCAAACAGCCCGUUAUAAUCGUUACUCCGCGGUAAAUGAAAUGUUACGAUUUUCGGUUUCGGUCCUCCUGGCGACCGCGAAAAAACCCGGCGGCGUCGCGAGAUUACACGCGUACGUGUACCCAAUCGCGAGGCGACAACGACGGUUUUCGGAAUAGAAACGUGUGUGUGUGUUUUGUUUCAUCGCUCUCUCCGCAGUCUCUGUUUAACGUAAUAAAUGUAACGGCGGCGCGGGGACGUCCCCGUGGCGGAUAAAAAAAAAAUUUAAAAAAAAAAAAAACCCCCCGAAAAAAAAACAUGGCCGAUAAUAUUUUUCCGAAAUCAUCCAGCGGGAAGGGGUUGGUGGGGGUACACGCGAGAGGAGCAGCGCCCCAACGGCGCGAACGGGUUAUAUAUAUAUAUAUAUAUAAUAAGCGCGAAACAGACAAUGACAAUCUACACACGCGCACGGUGCACACACGUGUGACAAUAUAAUAUAUUAUUGUUAUUAUUAUUAUUAUUAUUAUAUAUCGAGUAUUUAUAAAAUGUAAGUACGGGACCGGGGCGAAUGGCCGGCGGGGUCGUCGCUGCAGUCCUCUCGUCGUCGCGGCAUUAAGAAUUACUAAUGAGACGGAAACGGCCGGCGCAUAAUACGGACGAGGGGUUUUUGCCCUAAAUACAAUACAGUGUAUAUAUAUAAAUAUAUAUAUACAGUUACUAUUAUGCGCGUACAUUACCGCGCGGUAUAAACCGUAUAUACAAUACCGGAUGGUAACGACCGCGAAUUACGCCCCUGACGAUGUCCCCGGACCCUCUCGUCGGUGUGUGUGUGUGUGUGUGUCUGUGCGUAUUCAUAUAUACAGUGUGUCGCAGCACACACUGUAUACGUGUAUUAUGUAUAGGUUAGGAUAAUAAUAAUAAUCGUAUCCGUCCCGUUACCAUCAGCGCGACCACGAUGACUACCGGCCUCGACCCCGAGGAGCCGCGCUGAAAACGUCCGCCGACGCUUUUCGCGUUCCGUUCGGCUCCUAUCGUUUUCGGCCUUUCUGGCGGUCUCUCUCUCUCUCUCUCCUUGUAAAUAUAUACAUACAUAACAAUACGGUUUAGUCUCGCUUUAGUCUCAGUCCUCUCUCCUCGUCGCUCUCCUUUCUCUCGCCCUCUCUCAUUCCCUUUCUGCGUGCAGGCUCUCUCGGCGUUAAUAUUAACGGUCGAACCUAUACAUUAUAAUAUUUCGAUAACUGCGGCAACCCGUGCGGUACACAACGUAAGUCCCUCGGCUUACGCAAUGCGGUCUCAUCGCUCGUAUUCUGGGUGUAUAAUAAUCAUAUAAUAAUAUUAUAAUAUAUUAAUAUAAUAUCGCGGGGUUCGGACCUUUGGACCGUUUAAACCGAUUUAUAUUAGAAAAAAAAAAAGAAAGACCGAUGGGUUUCCCAAUGUUUUAGAGAAAAGUUGAAAGGGAAUAAAUAUAGAGUAAUUUAAUAUGCGCAACGAUGGACCAUUAUUAGGGAAAAACGAUUAUCUAUAUUAUUAAUCGUUUUUUUCUCCGAUUGCUCAUUAAAAAUCCAACAAUUUUACAGUUUUCAGUUCCCCCCCCCCCAUUUAUUGAGAAAAAUACAAAAAAACAAAUUUUAAAAAAUCUUUCUCGACACACCAAAAUUAUCAUAAACACCGUAAACGCUACAAGAAAGUUCCUAUUAAGUUUUCGAUUGGAGCAAAAUUUCCAGUAGAAAAGUUUUUUGCAGAUACCAAAAACAGUUAAUAAUACCAAUAUAAGUUCUCCAUUAGAGGGGAAAUUAUUUUAUCGAGUCCGUUAUGUGAUUAUUUUUAUUAUGCGAUAUCGACCUGGACGGGUCUGAGAGAAACACAGUUCGAGAAAAUUAUCGACCCAAAAAAUCAACGAUAUUCUCAUAUUUUUUCCCCCGAAUCAUUUAAUGACUUUUUCCCUGCAUUUCGUUAAAGUUUUCUGUUUUGCUAAAAAUUCGGUAUGUUGAUAUUUUUACAAUAAGAAUAAAAAAUAAUGAUAAUAAUAAUAAAAAAUAAAUACUAGCAUGUAUACGUCAUUCAAAAAAAAGGUAGUUUAUUAUAAUAUUUAUUUUCGUGGUGGUAAAACUACGCGCGCCCAUCACUCGAUCGUAUCAAAUUUUAAACUGGUUUUUGAUAUUUUUAUCGUUUUUUUUUUUUUUUUGUUACUGUAAAUUAUUACCCUGUGCCUCGGGCCGGUUAAUGUUAUUUUAUAAUGUAGGUGCUAUAUUUCUAUUAUUGUGUUUAACUCGUUACAUAAUUUAGUUGGGCAAUGUGCAGAUACAUUAAGUAUCCGUCCAUAACUGUACCGAAUCGGAAAUAUUGCUUAUUUAAUCAAAAGCGCCCGGUCAUAUUUGUACAUAGGUCCCUCUUGAUUUCGCUUAGAAUCGGUGUUGCGCACGGUUAGGAAUUUUGAAUGGUCUUGAUUAUUGGUCUUUGAAUACGAUAUUAGAUAAUAACGUAUACAGCCGAUGUGGACAAUUUUUUGUUCGGGAAUUUCAGAUUUUAUCAUAAAUAUAAUAAAAAGUCUAAUCCGGUGUCUAUCGAAAAUUAUCGCAGUUUGUUUAUUGUUCGUUAUCUCCCGUGGACUUUCGGAUGAAAAGGUCAAAUCUGUCGCGGUUUGCCGUCGGUCUUUUGUAGACGAUCGAUGAGUUUAGACGAUAUACGAGACACUGCGUAGACCCGCGGGGUGGAAACGCGGUAGAACCUUUCGCAUGCGGACGAAGAGGGCCGCGAAACGCGCGCGUACGCCGGAUUCAUUUUUAAAAAGAACUUUACCCGGUACUCCGCGUCGGCGGCGGCUGCCGGCAAAGGCAGCUGUAUCACUACAAUUAUGCAACGUACGUGUAUAGGUACUACGGCCUCGGUGAUCGGUGAUCGGGGGGAGGGGGUGGGCGCGUAUCUCAAUUACGGAAAGAAGAAAAAACCCGCGCGCACCGAUAACCCUACAUACUCGGGUAAUGGACACGGUAGAUGAUAUACGCCGAUCGGUGCGCAAUAACAGCAACGUGUGUUGAGGUACGGUUUCCCUUGCGCGAACCGCGAACGCGAUCCGAUCUAAGAUCGCGCGACUACUGAUAAAAUGUAAAUUAAAUACAGUUGGUUUUCCUUGCGCGAUCGCGAUCGGCGAACUAAAUUCGAUCGCGGCGCGAUUAAUUUGUUAUUUUGAAAGAAAAUCAUGAUAUGAGUAUAUGACAUUCAUUUAUGAUUGACUGCUGGUUGACGUUGGUCGUGUCUUUCAACAAUGAGUGCUCCANAAAGUAGAAGAUGAAGUUAUUGGUUUCCUUAUAAAAAAAAGUUGGAUUUAAGGCUAGGUCGUCUCUUAUUAAAUUUAAAAUAAAAUCAAACUGAUUACGAUUUAUUCUAAAAAAUUCUCGAAAUUUGAUUUCAUUAUUUUUCAAAUGACCGUUGAUUAGUAUUUCGUAAUAACCUUCCGUACUUCUCUUUGUAAAUAAUUGAUCAUGGCCUUUUCUUUUUUCUUCUGACAAAUAUAAGAGCAAAACGUCAUCAUCGUCUUCUUCAAAAAGAAUUUUCAAUAUAUUUUAGGUCGUCAGAUGUAACCAUUAUAAUUUAAAAAUUCACAGUAUGUUCGUUUAUACCGUUCACUGGAGUACUUCGCACAUCAAAAUAUUAAGUACGGCUGAAUGAUGAGAUAUAAAUUACUCUCGGUCGCGACGUAAAAUCGUUCAGAAUAAACCAAGACGAUGCGAACGCGAUCUUCUAGUUCGUCGAUCGCGUUCGCCGACCGCGUUCGCGAUCGCGCGAGGGAAACCGUACCUGCCGAGACGAUGAAAAAAUGUAGACGGUGAUCGGCCUCGCGACGUGUUCCUUGCCUGACCGUACAGUAACAAUUACCCGUGCGCGGUUUGUCGCGCCGCCGUCUCGUCGAUUAGCGCCCGUCAGCGUCUCGGGGAGCGACGCGCACGUCGCGAGUAUCAUUUACACUCAACCGGCGGCGGCGGCGGCGGCGGCGGGGGACGCCGGUCGAUAUUAUGCCGCGAGAUCCGAGACGACGAUAUCGUUAAUAACAAUAACAACAACAAUAAUAACAAUACGCGCGUGUAAUGUGCUCGGCGGGAUUUCGGUUCAUUAGCGCGGCGACGGCCGUACGCAGUGUGUUACGUAACAGGUAUCUCGGGCGCAAUAUUAUCGCGCGUCGGACAGGGCGGCGCGCGUACACGCGUCGAGGCGUGUGCCGAGUGGUGAACGACGGCGGCGACCCCGCGGAAACGCUGGAAACGUCGCGCGGUCACCUGACCGUCGUCGUGGUCGUCGCGGUCGUCGUCGUGACAUACGCGGUCAUUUGCAUACGGCGGGACGGUAUUACGUACGCGCGCGUACAGAUUAAAAAAACGAGAUAUUUAUAAUACGCGUGUUAUGCUGUACGCGCGCACACUUGCAACUGACUGCGUACACACACGAAUGUGUUGCGCGCGAGCGCGCGCGCGUGUGUACGCGUACACACCGCCACCCCGAAAACCGCAUUCCACAGUUGAUGACUUCUGAUCUCCCGAAACUGGACGGGCGCGAGAGCCGGCGCGCGCGACCCGGCGGAUCCCCGCGAUAGGCGGACGGCGGUUAGAUUCGGUUGUUUUUUUUUUUUCCACUCAAAUACGUAUAUACAUAAGGUAUAUGCGAUCGUGUAAAACAUAAUAAAACGCGUAUAAUAUAUAUAUGUGUGUGUGUGUAUACAUGUAUACACAGUGAAAAUAAAAAAAAAAAAAUUAAAAAAUAAACACGCGCGCGCGUUACAAUAUACCUGCCUAUACGGUCCGCGGAGCCGGACGCGUGCGCGUAUUAUUUGUCACACGCGAGACAAACGUUUAAAAUCUAAUCUAAAUGAAAUCUGUUGGAGGAAAAAAAAACGAUACUUAACGAUCCGGCCACCAUCGGCCGCGUAUACGUAUACAUAUAUGUAUAUAAUAUGACGGUAGGUAGUCCGUAUAUUAUAUACACGCUCGUAUGAUAAUAAUACGUAUUAUUACAAUGUGCUAUAUUAAUCGUAUGCGUGUAUAGUUGUGCCUAUCGUGUUUCAAAACGAUUGCGAUAUUAUCGUAUAUAUACCUAGUGUCUUUUGGGAAAAAGUCGAUUUUCUUUAUCUAUAACAUUCGACGCGGACGAAUUGAAUUUCGGAUAUUGCCAGAGAAAACGUAUACAACAACACGUGGUUGCUAAACGGUCAAAUUGCACCUACACAAUUUAUUCGAUCGUUAUAGGUACCUAACUAUGCGGUAUCAGUGAAUGUAUAAUAUAUAACACGUGUCUAAAUACUACUAAUAAAAUACGAUUGCAAAUAAAUGGUUCAAAUCACAAUACGGUUUGAUAUCGCGCGAAUUUUAAGUGGACGUGAUACUCGCACGUUCAGUCUCUGUCGACACGGCAAAAUCGCGAUGCCGAGACAAUAAAUCGUGAUGUUCGGGUUGGAAUUAAGAGUUUAAACGCUGGUAACGGAGUUGAAAUGAAUGGAUAUUUCCGAGGGCGGUUUGUAUUUAUUUUUUUUUCAAAAAAAAACCGUCGUACAAAGGGUGUCGAAAAUGUAUUAGAAUAUAUUAUACAUGUACUUAUUUAUACCGAAAAAUGAAGGUGAAAAAAUCACAUAAAAAAAAAUUUUAGGCCCUUCUUCACGAGGACCAAAGAGAUCUCGUGUUUAUUUCUCUCUCUCUCUCUCUCUUUUAAACAUACUAAAAUUUUCUCGUCUGACCUCCUUCCCGGUUACAUUUACGCCGGUCUCACGAAAUCGACUACGCGGUUUUUUUAAUUUUUUUUAUUUUACCGGAAUUUGGCCAAUACGACGAUGCCUAAUAAAAAGUCUAGUGUAUACGCGUGUGUUAUAAUACAUAUACAAUAAUUAUGGUACCUGCAGGACCUUACGAUUCCAAAACCAUUUAGUAUAAUUGUUUUUGUUAUUUGAAUGCGUACUCACAGUUGGUACACACGCACGAAAGUGACGUUUGUUCGGUAUUUCGCGGUACACGCCUACGCGAUCUUCUUGGAAAACCUCAUUUCAUCAUUAUCCACGUCCGUCCGGCCGAUACAUUUUGCGUUGCCUGUGCUAAAAUAAAUAGUAAUAGUUUACAUAAGUUUUUUUUUUUUUCGGUUUGUUUUAAUUAAUUUCGUCCGCGUCGCCAAGGCGACCCGUACCAGUCGACGGAAAUGAUUAGAUUUUCGUAUGGAAAACACCGACAAUCCCCGUGUGAAUAUUUACAAUACAUUAUUGUUUCAUUGUAACGCGAAAGCGCGCGUUUAAAAUAUUCGAACGGUAUGUGGGUCAAAAAGUCGUAUGAUAUGGUCUCGUAUACAUAUUAUACGCGGGCGGUGUGCGGUACCGCUGCCGUGGCCCCGGUCCCGGUGUUUUAUAAACCGGUGGGAGGUACUUGCGUUCAUAAAAAAAAAAAAAAAACUAUAUUUUCAUUCAGACAACGAUAAUUUGUCUGAUCUAAUAUGUAUAAUAUAAUAUUCCCCGCGUGACAGAUGGUACCUAUACGUACAUGCAUACACGGGUGUACGCGUAUUAUUAAUAUUGUAUAUUAUUGUAUAUAUAGCAGCCAUGUUAGCGCAGAGAUCAUCCAUUGGCUGCGCGCGUACAAACACUGGUGUAACCGUUUCCCCGCGCGGCCACCCCUUUAUCGAUCCGGUGCAGUGUAUUCCCCUCCGGCGUGUGUGUGUGUGUGCGUGCGUGUUUGUCCUCCCCUCCGUACAUAGAUAUAAUAUUUGUGUGAAUGUGUGUGUGUGUGUGUGUGUAUACUGUAUAUAUCCACAAUCCAUACGUGUAUGCAUAUAUACAAACUCGAUCGUCGCCGUUUCCGCCGUACACACACGCGCGCGCGGGCGCACACACACAGUCGCGUGUAUAUAAUAUUAUGAUCGCGUAUAUGUAAUAAUCGUGAAGUGAAAAAAAAGAUACGGUAAAGAGGAGAAAAAAAUAAAACCAUAGAGGACAAAAAAAAGACCCUUCGUCGGUAAUCCGAAUACGUCUGUUACGUCCCUCCGCGCGCGCUCACGCACGCCACAGCAGCUCUCGAAAUCGUCCUCCGCGACGGUCCUCGGUGCGGCGCGGUUUAAAAACUUAAUCAAGUCCUCGUCAUCGAUGUAAUAAGUAAAGUACUGAAGUCUCAGAGACGCCGUGUGUCGUGUUGUCUACACGGACAUAUAUAAUAUUGCAUGCUGAUGACACCGAAAAAAUCAACUGACCGUUAUUAUAACAUAAACGAGUUCUGCCCAACUCUGAACAUUUCCUGGUAGGUAGCAUCUUGACUCGACGGUUACACGAAUUUACCGGGAUUACAACAGCCAAUCGGGAAAAACGAGCCGCAUACGACGUAUACGACGGUUUUAUAUUUAUCAUAACUUUAAUACCAAUAGGUGACUAAAUAAACACAGGUAAAUAUCAACAAAAAUACGCGUUUUCCCUAUUACUGUCACGUUCUCCUGACGAACACAAAAAGAAAUGACACAGUAACUAUUUGCGCAAUAACCGUAAUCACAAUAAACUAUUAUUUUCUAAUCGGAUAUAAUUUCUUUUCUCGUAGUUUCGUUAUAAUUUAUAAACCAUUGAUAAAGGAAUACUGUGACGGGCUAGACACACGCGGAAAACCUAAAACCAACCAAAUAUCAUUACUGAAAUAAAAGAACCCGAUUAAAAAAAGGUUUUUGGGUAGACCGAGGAUGAGGUGGGAAGACGUGGUAAAAAUGUAAAUUGUGAACGUUUUAAGAGUUGGACAGUUUAAGAGGUGAACCAAUAGGUGAAGAUAGCUGGAAGAUUGGUUGUGAUGGUUCUAGAAGCCGAAUAGUUCUGAAUAAUAACCGAAUUCGACGAAGUAGUCGAAAUAAAAAAGAAAUCGAGCACAAAACAACAUCAUAACUUAUAACCAUAAUGUUUUUCCGUUGCUUAGAGAUCAUAAUAGUUUACUGUGUUUAUUUACUUUGUGGUUACCUACUGUCAUAAUGUCGUCAUAAUGAGACAUUUUCUUUUUUAAUCUCUAUCCGCUGACAAUAAUAAUAACAAGAGUGACGUUUUAUUUUCUAUCGUAUUACACCCUUUCUCCCCGACAAAUCAUUAUCUAUAUUUGAAAUGCUCUUUUGACUCGUUCCUCGUGUUUCUUACCAACCUCAACUCGGCGGAGAUUUGUUUUUAAUAUAUAUAUAUAUAUUUGCGUUUUUCGUUAGUAAAACACGAUCAAUUAUAAUAUUUCAAGCGACACCCCGCAGCACAAAACACCUCGUGUAAUGUUUUACUUUAUCAAUCUCUAUUAGUAUAUUAUACUUUUUGUUUACUCUUUUGAUAUCGGCAAAAUCCCGAUAACGAGCCACGAUACAUAAAAUUAUACUAUUAUUACAUGUAUGUGUAUUAUUUAUUGUGUAUGAUCGUCGGCUAUAUAAUACGGCGUAGCGCGAUAAUUAGGGGGCGUGCGCCGUACACCGUGUAACGCGGAUUUUCUUUUCACCCCUUGGGCUCGUUUUGUCGGCUUCGCUGAUCCCGUAUAAAAGCCCUUUAAAUCCCGGGUUUUCAAUAUUAAAUCGGGCUUAUGUACCGAGUGCAGCAACAGCAGCAGCAGUACAACACCCGAACGAUAGUAUAAUAUAAUACUAUUUUCGUAUAUAUAUAUAUAUGUAUACGCGUUUGUGUAUACCGGUAUAAUAAUAUAAUAAUAAUAUACUGUCGCACAAUAUGGCCCCGCGAGUGGAACGACACAACAACAACAAUAUAAUAAUGGCCAUCGAUUUUACGGUCGUGAGAAUCGCUGCGAAAACUAGACGCGUAAAGACUACGCGAACAAAAUAAUUCGUCUACGAUAACAGCGUAUACUCAAUGCGUUCUCGCGAGCAUAUAAUAUACACGACAGAAAACGUACACCCUGUACCGUGCAGUGUAUCACCGUUUUUCGACCUUUGGGCGGCGACCCGAACUCAACACGCCGCAAAAUUGUAUCAAUUGAAAAACAAAGAUGUAUUAAAAAUCAAAAACAUUUUGAAACAAGAAAAAAAAACGAAAGGCGUAGGCCCAACAAGUUAAAAUGUUGCCUAAUCCUUCAAUGCAAUUCAUUUUAUCCGAUCACAUGAUACCGGAAAAUAUAAUACUGUUUACGGAAUUUGUAUCUAAAUUUUAAUUUGAUAAUUUAGUAAUUGAUAUAUUACAUGUGUAAAGAGGGUAGAGGGUACAAGACACAACUUCUACCGUUAAACUAUAAUAAUUUAUAUUUAUUUAAAAACGAUUUGCACGGAAAAUGGGGUAAAUAUCUUGGGUCACAUAUACACAAAACUUGAAAACUACUGAUGUGUAUUAAAAAGUCAAUAAAUAAUAUUAAAUUAAUAUUAAGUUUAUUUUAAAAAAAAUUAACGGUUAAACACUGCGAUAAAAGUUUACUGUAGUCGUAUCAAUAAUGUAACUAAUAGUUAAGUUAGUUUGAAAAUUUAACUAACUUUUUAACUUGAGUUGAGAUAAUUUUGUUUUUAAUUUUUUAUUGCUAUCCUAAACAAUUAUUAAACCAUAGUUUUUAUUUGUUUUAAUAAAAAUAUUUGAUGUUAAAAACGAGGGGGUUGAUUCGGAAAUAUAAAAUUACGUAUAUCUAUACUUAUUUGAAGUUCUGAACUCCACGCGCGUAAUUGUGUAAAUCAAAAAAAAGUAUAAUUUAUACGAUGACACUUAUAUUCAAAUAGUGUGCAGAUUGUACAUUUAAAAUUGUGUAAAUUGAAAACCUUGCUAUUAACUUAAAAUGUAAUGUAAUUCGAAUAAUGGGAAAAAAAUAAACCUAGUUAAAAGUUAAGUUAGUAAAUCCUCGAAAUUACAAUUAACUGAACUAUUAAUAAGUAAUAACUUGUUAAUACUUUUUAACACGUUAGUGCGAGUGCAAGUGUAAAUUGUAUAUUUAUAUUACAUAAUAUUUUUCGCGGGCCGUAGUAGUGCAAAAUGUACCGAACCAAAACACUAUAACAAAAUAAAAAUCAAUCAUCGCCCACGAAUAUUGAAUAAUAUAUUUCUAUUAAAGAUUUCCAGUGUAUUUGUACCUAUACACAAUAACGGUGGCGUCGUCGUUACGGUUUUUUAAAUUUUUUUUAUUAAAGACUGCAGAAGUAAAAAAUUCACGCGAUGAUGUAGUGCCAACUUAAAAUAAAACGCGCUCUCAGAAUAACCUUCACCAUCAUGAGUGUUGAAAUUCGAUAAAUAACUUUAAAGAGUUUUUUAAAUACCUGUAAAACGAAAAGUGAUUUAUCAACCGUCGUAACAAUAUUAAUUUAUGUUUUAAAAUUAAUUACAAUUUAGAACUACGCAAUUUUAAAAUAUCACUAAUCGCACGUACAAGUUUACUUUUUUUGUGAGUUAAUAUACACUAUAUAGGCAGUGUGAAAACAGAAUUCACGAAACCAUUUCGUCAUUUUCCAUAGUAAAAUGCGGCAUAUUUAAUGAUAUUUUUAUCCGUGAAAUUAUUAUAAAACUCGUUAUUUUACUUGCCAUGUAUAGUGACCGCCACAAUUGAAUAACUGUCAUUAUAACGGGCAAUGCAAAAUAAAUAUUGUGUUCUCGUAAAACAAACGAAAAAACCUUUUUAAUCGGUUUUAAAGAUAAAGACAUAUGUUAAAAUUUGUAAAUAACAAUAUUUUGAAGAUAACUUAUUGGGAGAUUUUUUUUAAAAUUAUUAAUUCAAAAAAAAAAAUUGCAGUUAUUUAAAAAAAAAAAAUAUAGAUAAACGAUUGUUUAUUACAUUUAAUAUAGUACCGUCAUCGGCGAUGAAUUGAAUAUUUAAAGAAUAUUAUUGUUGUCGUCUUCCGUAAAGUAUACAUUUUAUAAGUGUCUUAUCUAUGUAAUAUAAAAUAGAUUUUAAAGGCCUUUUCGCGAUAUAAUUGUUUUACACGAACGCCAUUUUUCGCAAUAUUUAUCCGUUAAAAAGACGGCCGAUUUAACCACGACGGUAUUUUAUUGGAUAAUCGUUUACAUGGGUAAUAUUUAACUCGUUAAAGGUAUGAUAUCUACGCGAGAUAAAUGUGCGGAAUAAAAACAGAAUUAACGUACGCUAUAAAAAAAAAAAAUCCAUUUAACAAACGAGUGUAUCCUAUAUAAUGUACCUAUAUACAUAGAGACUCUUAUAUUCUUUUUUUUUGUUUCGCGUGACAAGCACGUUGUUCAAAGUACGAGUACCUAUAUACAUUAUAAUAUAAUCGAGUCCGACUAUAUCAAAGAGUAGUGUUUUAUUGUUUGUUUAAAUUAAGUUCCGACGUGUAGUAUUUACUGCGGUGUGUAUAGUGUAUUUUAUUCAAUCGACGAAUUCCCCUCCGCGGCCCGACGCUCUUAAAAUUCGAGUAUUAAUUAAACGACCUCCUCCAUUCAAGACGACGCACGUGUAAUAAUAAUAUUACGCGUCACGUAGUAGAAUUUCCUGCAUUUAUUAAAGAGCAGCCGGUGCAGAAGUAACGCGUUUGUAAUCUCAUUGACACUGAUGUAAAUACGAUAAUAUUAAUUUUUUUCUUUGCGACAGUAUGUAUACCGCUGCAGUGAAUUGCUGAAGAAUUAAAGCGAUGAUGUUAUAGUGUAAAAACCAUCAUCGUAUUAAUGAAGGCGCCCGGCAUUUAGAACUUCUCCCCCUCUCCCACCAGAUUUUUCAUUCACUUCAAUUUUAUUUUUUGUUGAAAAGCGCCCGCGUAAUAAUUGCGGAAAAGCGUAAUAAAUAAAUAUGAAUAAGAUAAAAACAAAAUCUUAAGAGGGACGGGGCGAGUGGAAAAACUAAGUAAUACGAGAAGACGAUAACUCUACAAGAGUCAAGACGACAAAAACAAAGUUCGGACCCGCCUCAACAACAAUAUAAUCGGAAAUAAUAAUAAUAUAAAGUCGUAAAUGUUUUGUGCGAAAAAAAACGACGGUUAAGAGGACGCCGCCGCCAUGACCGCAACGACCGUCUCCGUCAUUAAAACCCGCGACGUAACGAAUUUACUUUCAGAAAGACACAUUUUGUACCGUUAAUUUUCGACAUUAGAGAUAAUUGAUCUAUUACUGAAUUUCAAGUGUAGAACACCGUCUGUUUUCCCGCGUCAACGUUUUUUCGAUGUAUCAAUUUCUAAGCGAGAUAUUAGCGUUUUUAAAUCACGAAAUUUCCCGUACUCGUAUAUCUCGUAUGGUCAAAGCUGAUAAUGUUCUCUCGGGUAAUGAUAAUCAAUCCAUUAUGUGCUGAAGUUAAUAAAACCGAAGGCGCGAAAUGUAUCUUUAACCGUGUCGCGCGGAGACGGCGAACGCGCGUGUCCAUUCGAGGCGAACGAAGGUUUACCCGUUUGAAGACCGCCCACCGCAGAGCAUUAGCUUUUAUGCAUUUUGUAUUGAAUAAACUCGGGUAGGGUGUACAUGGUUGGGAAAAAAAGUCGAGUACACCAGUGGUUUCCUGUAAAUAUUUACACAGAGUUCCGCGGGCGUUGUAAUUUUAUAUUGUAAUACCCGACACCGCGGAUGCUCCGGCGGCUCCUGCCCUCCGCCGACAGUCCGGUACACAAAGUAAAUGGUGGUAAAUCCGUCUUUUGUCGAAGGCGAAUACACACGUGCACACUUGGCCAGUCAAGAGCCUUUUUCGCGCGCGCAUAAUACGUAUAAUACGUACCUAUACCUAUACGUACCUACACGCGAUCAUCCGAAGGAUGCAGCAGCUAUAUAUACGAGUAUGUAUAGCGGUCACAAUGAAGUGCCAAGUGACCGGGAUUCCGCAGUGUAUUUCUUUCCGUCCCGGCGAAUAUUACCUACCUAUACGUGCGCGCUAUACGUUUUUAUAUUUAUAUUCUAUAUAAUAUUAUAUUAUAUUUUAAUAUAUAGAAUAUUAUAUUAUAUUAUUCGCGUAUUAUUAUUAUUAUUAUGUGCUGUGCGCGUUAUUAUUAACCGUCGUCGUCGUCAUUAUUGUGCGGCUGCGGCUUCUUUGUUGUGAUGCGGUAUUUCGAAUCGAGAAACCCGCGGACCCGAGAGCCGGGUGCGUUAAAAAAAAAAAAAUAAUAAUAAUAAUAACAACACUAUAUACUCGUAGGUACUGUACGUAUGGGGUACACGCGGUCGUGUAACACAAAGAUCCCGUAUACGGGUACACCGAAAGGGAACGCCGUACAAAGUAAUAAUAAUAAUAGUCGCCGGACCUAUGGUCGUCGCGAUGGCAGACGUACAGUCGCCGCCGUCAGAAAGAGUUGUGGUGACACGGUGAUGCCUGUCCUCGGGUAUUGUCGCUCGCACCGUGGGCCGGCCGUUUCGAAACCCUUUUGCCGCGGAUUUCCGAGAAGAUUAUCCGGACGGCGGCGAACACAUAGGAUAAAACGUCGACACAUGAGUACGUCUGUCGCGCAAACUCUUGUCGUCCGUCAUACCCGCAGCAGUAUUAUAACCCGAUCGCAUAUUGUUCCCGCGAAUCCCGGUCAAAACAGCGUACACGCCGCACCAGCGUCUUUUACUCCUUUUCUCUCCGAGGAUUCGGCGGUUUUAUAUAGAAUUUCGCUCGCCCGCGACCUGCGACGUUGUCAUCAAAAAUCGUUUUCGGACGCGUUUAAAAUGCGGCAAAAUUUUAUUGCAUUCUCAUCUCUGCGGGCAUUUCAUAUUAUGUAAAUUGUUUAAAUCGUAUAGCUCCCGCGCCGCGAUGUCACCAACGUUAUAGCGAUCGUUAUAGGGCCCGCAGCUGUUCCCGAGGAUUUAUACGGAUUUAUCCCACGGAUCAAGAUUCAAACGAUGUACACAGAACGAACGGCAUAGAUCUACGCAUAAAUAGACAUAUUAGGAGAUUAUCCGCAUAACAUAUCUGAUGAAGUUAGAGAGAUAACUAAAAAAAAACUUGUGUGAACGUCGUAAAGAGGGAUUUUAGUCAAACGGCAAAGCUGAGCACUAAAUAGUUAUAAAGUUAGGAUUAAAUCAACAACUUUCAUUUGUAAGUAACUUUAAACUUAAUCAAUUAGUUUCAUUUUUAAACAACAUUUUUACUUCGCGUAUUGUUUUGGAUACAAUAAAAUAAUCUAAUAGUAAAAAAAUAAAAAAUAACGUUUUUCAGUUGUUAAUAUCUACAUCCAAAUUUUUUAAUGUGAUAAUAAUAUUAAUAAUUUUUCUGUCAAUGUACAAAGUAUAAUUACAUAAUACGCAGUUGGUAUUUCAUAAUUUAUCAUUUUAUGAGACUUAUCAGUUAUCAUGGUUAUUAAUGUCAUGAAAAAAAUGGUAUAAUUUAAUUUUUGAAUAAACAGGUUUUUAAGUUUUAGAUUUCUGAUUUAACUAAGUUGUAAAUUUUGUAAAUUUAAAAACCAAUAAUAAAUGUAUAAUAAUUAACUUUAGUAAAAUGGACAUUUUGAGUGACUUUUGGGUGCAGCUUUGUAAUAAACGGGCUAUUAAGAAAGACCUAUAUAGUGGAAAAAGCUUAUCGAAAAACCAAGAUUAAGGUGAAAGAAAUACAUUGUGGCGAGGGAGCCGGAAACCCAUUAAUGAAGUUUGCAAAGUUUACAAAUGAUAUUGCAGAGAUAAGUGUCAGAUUUCGAAUUUGGUAGUACAUAGGUGUUAAAGGUCGGAACUAAGAAGAAGUCACGUGCAUAAAUGCCAAUAUUUUUAUCGCGUAUUUUAAUAUUAUCGUUGGUGAUCAAAACGUUGGGGUUUUUCACUGUGGUCGUCUCCACAGGAUAUUAAUGUAUAUAUUACUGGUUAGGUUAGGUUAGGAGCUCGCGUAGGCGUUACCGAAUCGUUCGGGUCCGUCACAGGUAGCAGAAUAUUAUUAUUAUUAUGUACACAUGGUAAUCGAGAGAGACGAGCCCUUAGGGCCUAUACGCGUGUACGAACGGCAGUGACUCGUGUACAUAAACGAUACAUCACCGGGCAAUUAAUAGGCUAAUUUGUGAUGAGAAAACAAAACGAGGCCCGGCGGCAAGAAGAGGCGUUUAUUAUUACUGUUUGUUGUUGUUAUUAUUAUUAGGUAUAUUAUAUAUCAUAUCGGGUGUGCGCGUAAAUGUGUACCUACACUGUGCGUAUCAGAGGGGUUAAUUGUAUACUGGCCCCGGGGGUAUAUCAUGAUGGGCGCACCCGACACUCGUUUACGUGCUUCCGAUAAGGCUUCUUUUUUUUUCUUUUUUUAUUAUACACCUACCAUCUCUUCUUACGGUUUUUUUCCCUUCUCGCGCUGUACCCGCGAAUACUCCCGAGGCGAUAUGGGCGUGAUGCGUGCGUGAUUUACACGCCGAGAUCGACCAAUAAAUACGUAAACGAGUUUAUAGGUUUUUUUUUUUUUAUUAUUAUUAUUUUUUAUUCUAUAAUGGAAAUCGAUUACCAUCGUCGUCCAAUCCAAUAUGCUCAAUACUACACCGUCGUCGUCGUUGUCUAUAGUUUCCACGUUUUAUUUCAAUAUAAUUAUUGCCGACACACCGUCGUCGUCAUGACGGUGAAAAUGGGCGUUCCUAUAUAGUUAUACACGAGUAAUCAUAUUAUAAUAACGCGUGCUUAAGAAAAUCGGUUUAAAAAAUAAAAUUACCCAUUAUACUGUAUUGUACAUAAAAAACCAGAUCCGAUUGCAGUGCAACUUUAUGCCAUAGUACUACACCCAGUUUUAAAUGCUCAUCAAGAGUACAUUGGUCAUUGCAGUCAACUUUUGUAAAUCGAGUACGAUUGACGUGUACUAAAUAAAUUAUUCCUGUAUAGUUCAACUUUUAUCACGGCCCUAAUAACUAUAAUACUAAAAUGUUAUGGCAUAUGUUAUUUUUUUUUUCACUUAAUUUAUAUUAUGGUUUUUGAAUCUAUAGUAACUUUUAACUUUUAAUUUAAUUCGAAUUCUUAUCUUCCUUGAUAUUUGCAAAAUGACUUGAUCACGUACUCAAAUUCACUCAUAUUCUUAAAUUAACUUAAACUUUACAUCAAUUAUGUUUUUCUUUUACAUAGGAAAAUUCAACUAAACAAACAAAAUAGGUUAACUUGUGCAGAUUUUAUUUAAUUUUCUCUUAUUUUUUCUGUUCUCUGUAUACUAUUUGUGUAGGAUUUGUUCGUUCCAAAUAACUUAAAUAUCACCCGUCUACACACGCGUUCGAAAACCGUUUUGCCGAACGGAUUGUGACGCCGAAUAUAUACCUAUAUGUUAUAGGUAAACCGAAAAUGAUUUUUUUUUCGUUUUCUUACGUAAUUCGAAACAUUUUGUAGCGACGUGGGUUGUUAUGUUAGCUGCCGGUUUUACACGUGUAUAGAGUAUAUACCGCAUAGGUAGUGGCACGCGCUCCUUAGACAAACAUUUCGUGUCUCGUCGACGGUUUUCAGGAAGCGUCGCGGAACAGAUGUUUGUUGUUCAGCUUACGAGGACUACUCGAUAUAUUAUUAUUAUUAUUAUUAUAUGGCGCGGGUGAGGUCCCCUUGUUAUCGAUCAACUCGUCUUCGUCUGUUCUGGAGAAUGGGGGGGGGGUUUAGAAAAACACCGUAUUUAAAUCGUACAUAAUCAAAAAACACGGCCUUUACAUGGCUAUUAAUAUCGAUUUGUUUUUGGAUUUCGAGUGGGGGGGAAAAAAUCAAUCAAUGUGUUCUUUAUUGUACACAUCGUACCUAUCUACUUAUACAAUUCAUACAUGAUAUUAUUAUUAAGAAGAUGCAAUCCAUAUGCGUUUGCAGUCUCUCCGUACUGUAAACGCGUUGUAUAACACAUUUAAGUACGGCAAAACCAAUUGUGUGCUAAUAUUGUAUUGGAAUUUGGAAUUGGAUAUAUUAUCAAAUAUUAAGGUACGAACUGUACAGUAAGUGUUUAAACAUAGUAUUUCUUUUUGUUAUUUUAAUUUUCAAGUGAGAUACCAGUGUAUGUGAAACGUCGCAUUUAAAAAUACUUAUAUGGACGGUGUUCGUGAAAAAUGAUACACUUAAAUGUCAAAUUAUAUAACUUUUCAAGAAACAAAAAAAAAACUGAAUAAUUAUUUAUAGACUUUAUACCCUUUUGCGCCAAUGAAUUUUCUUAUCUAAACAUAUGCCUUAACACAAGGUUAUAAGGUUAUAUUAAAAAGGAGACAAAUAGUUCAGUACCAACAAUCGGUCCGUCAUAUAAUUUGAAAUGUGAUUUAUACCAUUUUUUACAAACGCCGUUCAUAUUAUAUCUUGAUAAAUUACUAAAGUUUAAACGUCAAAAAUACUCAACGCGCAAACACCGAUAAUGUUCCGCCCUUUAAGUUUGAUAGUAGGUCAAUGACGCUCUGAGAUUAAAGCUAAUAACGCAAGAUUGGUUUUGCCGAACGUAAAUUUACUAUAAUAUGCUGUGUAUUUGUAGAGCGAGACGACAAAUGCAUGUCCACUUAACAGUUAUAAUUCACAUAAACUCUGUCGAUAUACAAUAUUAUUUUAACCGCGGGGCGGCGCUGCAAAACGUUUUUAGAUUAAAACAUUAAAACGUUUCGAAAAUUGAGAUUUAUAGCGUCGUAAAACAAUAUACACGGCGAUUGUUCCGCGAUAAUACUGCGCGAAUUUCCAUUGAUAUAAAACAAUAAUAUCACUAUAAAGAGGGGUUCUUAUAUAAUACAUUUAAUUUUACGCGUAUAUUGAAAAGAAGUCGUUUAUACGUUUCCAAAAAUAAAACACAAUCGUACAUCCCCUCUUAUUGCAGUGCAGCGUAGCUAUAAUAUUAUAUAGGGGUGUAUAAUAUUUUAUUAUUUUGUUAAAAAUAUUUUCAUUCGAAACAGAUGCCUUUUUUUUUUUAGUGUAAUAAAAACCGCAGAACGUAAUUUCGUAUUAUUAUAUAUAUUAUAAGAAAACCGUAAAACGUUUUAACGUAUACAGAAAAAAAAAGGAAUCGACGGGUAAAAAGACGGUAUGUAUACGGCAUGCGUAUAAUCGAUUAAAAUAUCAUAACACGGUGCGGAGUAAUGAUUACAAACGGCCCGGGAGCGAUUAAUAAUUUAUAAGGUCUCUGGAAAAAAAAAGUUUUUAAUCCGGUUUGUCGUGGUACUAAUUAAAUUGAUAUAAAUUAUUAUUUUAUAAUCUCCUAGAUGUUUAUCUGUAAAAUACAUUCGGUGAUAAUCAUAUUAUUAUUAUCCACGGGCCGUGGUACUAAAAAGUAGUUAUCGCAUUUAAUGGUUUUUUUUCUUUCUUUAUUACGUGAUAUAAUUAAAUUUGUUUCGUUUUUUUAUUUUUUUGUUUUUUUAUAUUUAUAUGCGUUAUUAAUACGAGCCUCGUGCCAAUAAUAAGAAUAUUGCAUUUAACUUUAUUUUCGUGGACAAUAAACUUCAAACGGUUUUAAACGAUUAUAGGUUAAAAAAAAAAAUACCCGAUUUUUAAUUUGAGAACGGCAAGGGAGUUAGCGAGAUUUUCACACUUUGAACUUUAAAACUAUUAUAUAUAAGUAUAUAACAUUAUAAUGCGUUGGAAGUAGAAUUUUUCAAAUCCUGUGGUUUUGAACCCCUACGGGUAGGUACAUGUGCCUGUACAAUUAGAAAGAGCGAAUUCCAAAAUUCGAUAAUUCAAUAAUAAACAAUAUAUUAUAAUUUAUAUGUAAUUAUAUUAUAUUAUGUUUAUAGUUCAUCUCAUAUUUCUAAAUAGACUGCCGUAUUUUUAAUGGGAUUAUACACUUCAUAUUAAUUAAUAUGGGUUUAUCGGGGCUCUAUACUGCGAUUUAAUUUGAUCUUUGACGUAAUGUUUAUAUUUCGAUAUUAUUUGCGAAAGAAAGAAAUGCAACAGUCCUGAGUACACUGUACGGAUAUCGGAUGUUUGCAGACUAUACUCAUACCAACUGAAGUGCAUUGUCCUUAUUAUUAUGACGUGGUAAUAAAACGUCUCGUUAUGUGCCACUAAAAUAAACAGCGACUAGAAGGUGCGGUCGUAAAUCUUCCGUUCUGACUAUAUCAUCUCUCUGCCAUCGCAUAAUAUUAACAAUAAUAUAUUAUUAUUUAAACAGCGAGUGUCUCGCACUUUUGGACGACCCACCGAUACGGAGCUAAAUUUCCGGAGUGAAAUAAGAAAAAAAAAACAUAAAAUAAAUCUUAACGGCUAUCUCAAUGGCUAAUCGAAAACGACCUAAUUUUUGUCGACCUUGUUCGAAUUUUGACAUUUAUCGUGUAGACAAUCAUAUACGUUUAUAUACAGUAUUAUAGGCAUAUAGAUAACAGGCAACUCGUUAAAUUAACGAAAAAAUAUCUUUUUCCCUACUGCUGUCUACAAUUAAAAAUAGCGAAGUGUUAAGCUCCGAACGACUUGAAUAAUUUCUUAUACAAAAAUCGUUAAAAUGUUAAUUUUUAUUCAAAGUUAAAAUUAGGUAGUUAUUUUUCUCGUCAAUUAUAAUAAUUACCUGGUUUAUUAUAUUAUUGUCGUAUUAACUCGACUGUUUAUAAUUAAUUUUCAUAAUCAUUGAGCUAUAGGUUAAUUUUAUUAUGGUAGUUCUUAUAAAUAAUGAACACUAUAAUUGUAUCGUCAGUUUUUGUUGUAUUUAAACUUUUAAUAUGACGAGUUAAAUUUAGUUUUUAUAAACUUUCAACUAAAUGUUUUUUUUUUCUUUUUAAUCAAUUUAUAAAUAGUUAAUUAGAUUCAUUAUUAUAUGAAAUAUCACAAUUUCAACAUAUUUAUAGCUUGUUUUGAAAUUAGUUUUCGAGAAAACCCGACAUAGUUGCAUAGAUAAUGUUCUUAUCUUAAAUUUGUUAAUAAGUCAAUAAAUCAUUCCAAUGUUAAAACUAACAACAUUCAGUUAUCCCUGUUGAACACAAAUUUGCUGUGUCGUGCUUAACUGUGUAUCAUUUUCCUUCCCACAAAAAAUUACAUAAACAAUUUUUUUUUUAAAUGCAAUUUAAAACUGUCAAUAUUGUAAAUAAGUUUUUAUUAUUUAUUGUUCACUUCGAAUAAUAUUUUCUACCGAUCCGGUGUUUAAUACUGCUUUUAAAAUGGAAUCGUUUAACCGUGAACGAUAUGAACGUAGGUUUUCACGAUUUUCGCGCACGUGCAACAAUAUAAUGAGCACGUAACCGCGAACGCGUAUAUACAGGGUACGUACGUCGCGGCGAAUCAGUGCGGUCGGUAUACACGAGCUAUUGAUAAUGCAUUAUUAUGUAAUAAUACGCUUACACUCGAAAGGUUUUUCCGCCUUUUUCGUUGAUUAGCGUGUGUACGUAAUUCGGAUUUCGUACGGAAAUAUUAUGACCCAGGAUCGGGCGGCGGCGGUGGUGGUGAUGGUCGGGGGUAGGGGUUUAGAACACCCUAAAUAGUCGAGCGGUGGGCGGUGGUGAGAAACGAGUAUAAUGGUGACUAGAAGGUAUAUACAGAAAAAAAAGAAAACGUUUUUCUGUUGUGAACGACGACGGAAGUCGACGGCUGAGAAGUACACGAGUAGAAAAAAAAAUAAAUACAAUAUAACGUUGAGCGCGCGCGCGUGUGUAUCGGGCAAAAACAUAAUGCGCCCCCUCCUCCCGGUAAAUAAAUCAAACCGACGGCGGCGGCGUAAUUCACGAAAAAAAAAAAAAAAAAAAAACACUCGGUCCCGUACGUAUAUACAGUAGGUUUAUUUUGGUUUUUGUUAUUAUUAUUAUUUUUUUUUUUUUUUAAUCUUAUUCUCGACGCGGAUUUUUUUCGCCACGCCGACGACCGACGCGCACAAUGACGUGUACGUUUAGAUUAUACGGCUUAUGUUACGGCUAUUGAAACAUCUCGGGCCGUGUGUAUACGGUUUUCUUUUCUUGAUCUUUUCUUUUUCUUUUUUUGCCGCAAAAACGCCCCCGAGUCCCAUGUGGGUAUACUCGUACACCUAUUUACGUAUAUAAACGCAUUGUUCGCCUCCGCGGUAAAUAGUAACCGAGCGGUACAGUUUGUCGAACGUAUACCUACUAAGCACUUAUUAUGUCGGUCGGAUUUCCUCGACGAAAACACUUGACGGGUCCACCGCAAACGUUAUAUUAUUAUGCAUUGUAAAUAUUUCCAUUCGCGAAUUUAUGCUCACGUCUCGCAUUACCCGACCCCCGUAAACGGUCAUAAAAUAUGUCGAGUUGAACGGGACUCGAGAACUGCGCGUAUAUUAGAUAUAAUAUGAUAUUACUUUAUUAUAUUCGUGGUUUAUCCUUUUCACGCGGAUUUCCGUUGGCUAUUUUGAUCCGCAGUACUUGACACGUUUAACGACAAUCGUUUCUUUUGAUAAAUAAUACCGGGGAAAUUUUUAACGUGACCGUUUUUUUAUUACUCCUGGGACAAAGUUCGUCUGUAUAUUGUUAAAUAAACCGAUACAAACCGGAAUAUCGAAGUAGCGUAUAAGUUCCCUAUUUUCACUGAAUAGGCCGGAAAUCAAGUUUAGAGCCUAACCAAUCGUUUAGUGAAAACCGCAUUCCGAAAUUCGUAAUCGUAUAUGAGUUACAUAGAGCGAAUACGAAUAAAUGCAUGAAGUACAGCUGACGUUACUGACGUAUCGUUGCUGGAAAAAGGUUUACGGUGCGCAAUUCGUAUACGGUGAUCCUAUAUAAUAGUAUGGUCGUAAGUACCGAAAGUCUUGACAAGUAGCGGUUUUUCGACCCGCACUAACUGCGGGUAAACGCGCAGACUAUAUAUUAAUGAAUUCGACUGUUACAAUGUAUACACAACACGAUAUUAUAUUCGUAUGUACGUGCCUUGUAGUAUUUUUUUCUUCAGAGACCUUCACGUAUGGAAUCCGAUUUAUUCAUCGUCGUCGUCGUGAACGGCAAUAUUUCAUAUACGGUCCGUCGACAGUAGGACCGCUGUGCCAGACAGUAGGUAAUGUUUUCGCCUGACCAUCAGCAGAAACGGCUAUGUGCAGCGGAAACACAGCCCCGCGGUCUCGAGAACGCUUUCGAUUUUACGAAUUCAACGUCCGAAAAAGCCUAAACACUAAUUGAGUAUUCUUCAAACAGCCUAAAACGCUCGAAAAAUUCAAGUAUAUAAUAAUUAUUAUAAGUUCAAAACACUAAAACGCAAUUAAAUCUCGCAUAAACAUCAACAGAGUUGAACGAAAAGAUCUGAGAUGGGAAGAUAUUAUACGUAAAAUAUACGGUCCCCAAGAAAAUAAUUUAAAAAGAAAAUUCGCGUCAUAUUAGAGUUUUACUCAUCAUAUGAGUGAAAAACUAAUGCAGACCUCAAUGAACAGAGAUACAAAGGAGAGGUUGGUUAUUCGCUUAAAAUGAUUCCUUUAUCUUUCUUUAUCUAACACAUAUGUAGCAUAGCGAUAUUUAUAUUUGUCCAUCAGAUCGAUUCCGUAUCGCGACGACGUGUGUCAUUUUUAUAUUAUUUAUAUUUUUAUACAUUUUCAUAUGUUCAAAUCAAAAUUUCGGAAAUUCGAAUGAACGGGUCUAGCCGAUAUUAUUUCGGAACUAGAUCGACGGACCAAAAAUCGUUCUAAAUUAUUAUAUAUGGUUAGUAUGUAUAAGUGUUAUUAGUGCUCGGGAAGAUAUUAUCAAGGGAUUCCGCUUCGAAUCCCCUUCCCCUUGAACGCGAUUUAUAGCGCCCCGUUAAUUUAUUAGCCCUUACCGGCGCAACGACACUCGAUUCACCUCGUUCGUCGCUAUUAAAAAUAUAGUUCUAGGACUCGAUUCGCCUGUAUAAUAUUAUAGAAGCAUACGGUAGUGAUGGUCGUUCCCGAGCACGAUUCAAUAUAAUACACCGCGGAGUGUAUAUUACACGCAUAUAAUAUAAUAUUAUACGUUUUUCGAUCGGAGACGCUACGAUAUAAUGUAAUGUAUAAUAAUAAUAUCAUCUCUCUCUCUCUCUUUCUAUAAAUAUAUAUAUGUUUAAAUAUGAGAAAUAUGACCGCGGACGCAAUAAAUAACUACCGCGUGCGUGUUCGUACUUAGGCAGUUCACCACUCCAGUGCCCGGUUGGACUGUAUACGUACGUACGGUAUAUACAGAGCGGUGGUGAUGAUUUAUACGCUCGCGCGCGCGCGCGCGCUCGCCCGAUAGCGUUUUUGACGCGGGUGGGGACGGCGGCGGCAGUGUAAUUAAUUAUACCGUAAGAAAAUGAAAAUAUAAUAAUACGUAAGACGGGGAAAACAUUUUUUUUUUUUUUCAAAACACCGACCGAUCAUGACUUACGUCGGUAUGCACCGCCACCGCGGCCGCCGCCAUCCGGCAUACGCAUACGAGACGCAAUCGCUAUAAUAUAUAAUAUCGCGGGUAUAGGUUUUUCAGAUACCGACGGAUUUCGAAUAAUAAUAAUGGUAUAUACCAUAUACCAUAAUAUUAUACGCGUCGUAUAACCGGUGUUGUUAUUGCUCUUUGUUUUUCUAAACGAAUAUUAUUAUUAUCGUAUUGUUCUACUACACUUAUACUAUAUAAUAAUACGAUGUGUGCGGUUAUUUUUAUUCAAAAACACGUUUUUAACUUAUCGAAAUUGUUAAAUAUUAAACAAAAAAUAUCCGACACUUAAAAAUCGACAAAGUAAAUUAUGUUCGUUAUAAUAUGGUUGGUUAGGUUAGGUUACCCUAUCCGAGUUCGGUCCGAUCAGUACACGGUGUAAAAACGCAACUUCGGUUUUUCAUCGACUAGGAACUAAGUUACACCCGGAACACCGAGUUUCUUGGAACAGUAUCUGAUUGGGACCGACGGGUUAUAUUUUACAAAACUGACCUGAAACCAACUCGGUUACGUUUCGGCCGAACCUGUAUAAUAUAUUUUUAUUUUUUUUUUUUGGGGGGGGAGGGGGAAAAAAAGAAGAAGAAGAAUAUGUUCGCGAGGUUUUUUUUCGGAAUUUUUCGCGAUCAACACGGUUUUGCGAGUUACGACUAUGAUAAUAUAAUAGCAUAAUAAUACACGCGGCGCGCGGUGCGGCGGCGGCGGAAAUUAAUUAUGCGCGUGUCAACCGCGUGGCGGCGCAUUAACAUAUUUCACGGUGUAACAGGAGCCAAAACGAGAUUUCGAAAAUGAUAUACCAACUGCCGUUGCGUUGUUGUUACACACACACACAUGCGACCAUACAAACGCACAUAAACGCACUCAUAUAUACGUACAUUAUUAUUAUUGUGUGUGCGUCGUGAAGAGUUUUUCGUAUUAUUAUUUUACACGGAGCUGCACUUGUUACGGUUCAACAGCGGACAAUACCGCAAUAGCAACGGGACGACGACGACGUUGUUGUAGUUGCGUGUAGAGUUUUAUUUCGUUUUUUAUCGCCAUUAUUAUUAUUAUUUAUUAAAUUCGACCACGGUAAAUUCAUUUGGUAUAUUAUCCGGGGCGCUUCGGCCGAAAAAUUGCGUGGCGCUCGCUCUGUAGAUCGGGAGAAGUAUAAAUAAUAAUAAUAAAAAAAAAAAGCUCCGCGCCAAAAAUACAACGAUUAUGUUUUCGAUUCUUUUUUUUUUUGUCCGUUCGUUUGAAAACAUACUAGUUUCUUUAGCGAUAAAAAAAAUAACAAAAUUAUAUAUUAUUUUAGUUGGGGGAAAAAAACGAACAAUAAUAAGAUAUCGUUCGUUACCGCCAGCCGUGUGUUAUAAUGUUCGUAAAAUAUUCGUCGGACAUCAUCGUCAUAUACCGGUUUUCGAUGAAAUAAAUUAAACGACAACGAUUAUUUCCCCUGACCCGAUCGUCCCUCCGUCGCGUCGUUCAAACCAGAGAAAAACUGUGUCGGAAAAUCAUAUUACCCGAAAAAAAAUAAAAUAAAGACCAUGAAAGAAAACAAAUUAUUAGAAUAUUCAAACGCGUACCGUAUGACGUCACCCAGUUUUUGGUCGUCAGACGAACAUAUAUAUGACAGAGAAUAAAAAAAAAAAAAAAAAAAACACUAUUCUGAUUAAACGUGGCCGUUUUAAUUUGAAUACCGUAUAAUAUUUUGUAUGAAUUUUGAGUUUUUUUAUUAUUUUUUUUUUUUAUAGUUCGUUUCUCGUACGGUUCGGUUCGGUCACACGAAUCUAUCGAAAAUACUCGAAUGUAUAUAUUAUAAUUAUUAUAAUAUUCGAGCGUGUUUCGCGUUAUACGCGUUAUACACGAACUAUACAGCGGUAAACUAAAAUGCGCGUAAUUUUGUAUUUACAAUAAUAAUAUAAUAACGAACAUUUUAAUAAACGCGUCACUGACGACGUAAACGGAAUUGUUCGCGCGUCGGAAAAACGUCCCCGUCCGAAAGAGAGACAAUAUUAUUAUUAUUAUUAUUAUAAACGUCAUCGUGAUGAUAUUAUUAUUAUUGUUGUUGUUGCUGCUGUGUAACGGUCGACAACGAUGUGCCGAAAUGCUCGUGCGAAACUCUCGACGACGAUGACAAAACGGCCGACCGUGUGAAAACCCGAAUCCCGCGGGACAGACCCGCGGGUGGUUUGAGUGCCGAUUUCGGUGCGCGGACGACCGCGGGGAAUUGUAAUCGGUCUCGGCCGGUAACGAUCGUGAACGAGACAGGCAGAGGGUGGGGUCGUGGAAAGUGUCGAAGAUAUGGGUAAACGUAUUAAACGCUGCACCGACAAUACAUGGGUAAUAGUAUGAUAAUAUGCAGGUGGAUCCCUAUUUAUACUUAAUGUAGACUACAUGCACUAGCUGCAGCGGCGUCUUGAAGGGGGUACAUUUUAAUCACUUGAUUUACAAAAAACGUGUGGCUGGAUCGUGAGUGUUCAGAAAUAUAACAAAAAUCACUGUUUUUACAAAACGAGUCGUUAAAAGAAUUUUAGACAUGCGGAAAUUUGACAAAUUUGUGGUAGGGUAUUUUUGGGUUGAAAUGGGUGAGUGGAAAAUUUAAUCAGUGAUUCAAGGUAAAAAUACUUCGAGCCGCCACCGGUAUACACUGUUCCAGAAGAGUAUCGCAUAUAGAUUUGUUAGCGCAUAAUGGUCACGUGCGGUCGUAGGUUAUAGUUAAUGAUAAAGAGACACGUUUUAUAGAUCUGUCGAUUUUUAAAUUCAGAGAAAGUCCGAUUUUUUAAUCCGACGUACGCUGCUUUAUUAUUUCAUUUAACUAAAAAGUGACGAUGUUAUAUUUAUAAUUGUAUUAUUAUUUACAUAAUCCGUUUUGUGCGAUUUCCCUUGUUAAUACUGAAGUUACCGUAAGUGUAUAACAAAUAUACUCUCCGUGUACGUUGAAAACGAUAGCAUAUGUUCUGUCCGUGUAUUAUCUAAACGAAAAGAACGAAAACCACGAUUGGUGUAAUCAUCAAAUAUUUUUUCGAUAACUUGUUUAACGUAAGAAGCUUGAAUACCGAUUUUUACUUUCAUCGCUGUUUAACAUAAAAAUCAAUCGACGUAGUGAAACAAUAAUAAUGAUCUGAAAACACAUUUAAGUCAUGUCAUAAAAUGUACAUGAUAUCGGUCAUUAAUUCCCAAGAAUCUCAUGUUUUGUCAAUAGCUAAAAAACGAUGAAAAAUAUUUUUGAGGAAUUUCACUAAUAAUGUAAUGAUAAAAAUAAUAUUACUGAUACUGGCCGGAUUCGUUUAAAACGGAAUUAUUAUUAUUGCGCGAGGAAAAUCAGUCUUUUGAAAAACGCGCGAAACCACUGUUAUGAAACGCGCGUCGUCGUACAAUAAUUUAACCGCUUUGCUCAGGUUCAUUUAAUGGUCUUGACUUUUGUUCGACUGUAAAACGGUAUAUACUAGUUAAUUACGUAUUAUAAUUUUAUGCGACGGCGGUAACGGGGUUAAGUUAAACGACGUGUUAAACACGGUUGGCGGGUUAAAAGUUUCCGGAGUCACCCGGAGAACAAUAAUAUUAUUAUACUAAUAUAACGAAAAAGCACGGGGGUUUGCCUUUUUACAUUAAUCGUUAAGGUGAAUAUUAUAAUAAAGCGUUGCGGAAAGGAAGUGUACAAAAAUAAAACAUUCGGCCGCAAAAAGGUCGAAACACGAAAUCGUAUUUUGUUAUCUAAUAAUAAUUAAUAUUAUAAUAUGAAAUUAGACGCGUACGGAGGAUAUAAUAGGAAAGGAGGCGAAGAACAAUGACUGCGAGCGAAUUUCACGCCUCAUAACAACGAAAAACCCCGGACAAUACAUAUAAUAAUGAAAAGGGACUGUUGCUCCGGAACCACGUACCGCCCGAACGAUCCGGGAAAGAAAGGUCCGGUAAAGCUGACCCGUGGGUAUUUAAGAUGACUGGACUCGUUUUCAAACACAUCAAAAACCCCCGGGCCCGGACGCGCGUAAAAACGGCUUACAUUUAAAACUUAAUAAAUUAAAAAAGGUAUUUUCCGACGAUGAUGUUUUGUAUCGCGUAGGAACGCACGAAUAUUGUAUAAUAUUAAGGUUAUUCGAUUAGUUAUCAGAUCUGUAAAGGUUUAAAUAUAAUUAGGUAGAUAGGUAUUAAAAGUAAAUAGACUAUACAGCAGUUGAUUUUGUAUAAAAAAAACUAUAUAAAUAGCCGACUUUAUAUAAGAGAAAAUCUUAAACUCGGUAGCCGUAUAAGACCUGCAGCAAAGAAGCAGAUUUGGUUAACCGGCGGAAUGUUUGUUUAUGCCAUGAACAGAUGAAAUAUACUAUAGUUAUUAUGCGAUUAUACGAAAUAUAUUUGAAAUUAAUCGUAAACUGUUUCAAUGCCUAUAUCAUAAUAGUCCUCUCGAUGACGGCUGCCAAGUUCAUUACUUAUACAUAACUUGUGGGACUCGUUAUCGUAUAGUCGACUUUUAUCUUAAGACAUCGUAGAUUUUUCGAUAAGAUAUGAAUACGAAAAUUUGUGUUCCGGCGCUUUGACUGCAGCAAAUCCCUGCCCGUUAUCACCCGGUGACCUUUGUUCGACACGCGAGUUAACGGUCUCAAUUCGCCGCCGUAUAACUAUUAUAUAGAUCGGACGACGGAUAUCAUUGAAUUAAUAUUAAUACGAACUAUUAUACAUUUAGGCGGAUUGCGAUAUUGAUAAUGUACGAACCGUAACGUAUUAUUCAUAUUAUGCGUAUAGUCAGAGCGUUUCGAAAUUACUUUAAAAUAAUAUUAGGUGCCUAUUAUGUAUAUAUAUACAUAAUAUUAUAAACCGUUUCACCAGGCGCCGGCGAAAACUCGUAUUAUAAUACGCUGUAUUAUGAUUAACGGGAUGACGACGAAUAAUAAUAUAUCGUUUCGGCGCGUCGACGAGAUCAUAAUAUUAUUUUUUAUUAUUAUUAUUUUUUUCUUCUAUUACAAACGGACUUGUGGGGCAAACGGUCGCGGCGGAGUGAAGGGGACCCGAGUAUAUAUAUUAUAUGUAUACGUAUACGCAAGAGAAACGCCGUGCGCAAAUAUUCGCGCGUUAUCGACCGGCGUUGGUGGCUGGACGAGAUGAUAAAUCGUGUGUGUGUGUGUGUGUGUGUGUGUGUGUAUUAUAUAUAUAUACAGGAAGUGUUAAAUCGUCCGGAACAAUUCGAUAAAUUGCGUUCGAGUGUAUAUUUAUGUAGGUGUGUGUGCGUGUGCCUAUACACACACACACACACACAUAUAUAUAUAUAUAUAUAUAUAAGGACGAGAAUUUCGGCUAUAUUAUAUCGCAGUAAAAAUAUACGAGUAUAUACUGUAUAGAUCUGAUAGAGCAAAUUACAAAUAAAUCGAGUCGAAAAGUAACGAGGGUUCGGGCGAACUGAGUGCAGUGCAACGGACGGAACGCCGAAAGAAAAAAUAAACAAAAAUUGGCGACGUAUGAGGGCGCGUAUGGAUAUACAGUACGGACGGAUACGGGGAGAUGUCGAUUGGGCGAGAUGUCAAAAUUAUUUAGCCGACAUUCGCGUGGGUUAAAAAUCGCAAAAAGAAGAAAACGUCGCAAAAUAUUAUACAUUUCGGCGAAUAUCAAUGUUUACUGUAUUAUCAUAACAUUGCACCCUGUAAACGCGUCGUGUACACGGUCCGUGUAAAUUUAGUAUCCGAUAAGCGAGGCUGCAAGAUUUGUUUGUUUGAUUUUUUUAUUUUUUAUUUUUUACGAUUAUGAUAUUUACGCUGAUGCGACAGUGCCUCGGAUCAGGAGACACGGUAAUUUACGGUCGUCUCGAAAUUUCCAAUAUAGCCGUCGCGCUCGUGUGUAUUUAAGUAUGGGUAGUAUAGUAGUCUUAGUCGUAUAUAGUGGUGGAAGUGGUAUAGAAGUGGUAGUAUCCGUGCAACAACAACAAAUAUUAUAUUAUUAUUAUUAUUAUUAUUAUAAGUAGCUCGGCCCAGGUAGACAUUGACAAUUUUAUCGUGAUGAUGCCCCCUCCGCCUCCCGGAUGGAUUCGCGCACAAUGGACCGGUCGUAAAUAAAUAAUAAUAAUAUAACCCCUCGCGCGCGCGUGCAGCAUCCGUAGAGCAUGUUAUAAUAUUUCACCGCCCGGCCCGUCGCGGAUUUUCUGAGUUUCCGACCGUGUUUUUUAUUUAUUUUUUUUUUUUUAUUACGAUACCGGAGAAUCUGCUGCUGCUGCUGCUGCUGCUGCUGUAUAUAGUAUAUAGGUUUACUUAUACGCACACACGCGUCGCAGUCGUCGUUGUAUUAUAACGACAUCCGUAUUAUGGUAUAGAGGUAUAUACACAUUUAUAUCGGUUCACGAACGCCUACUCAGGUUUAUUAUUAUGAACACACACUAUCCGUAGAUAUGUAUAACGUAACGUAUAAAUAAACGAGUCGUAUAAAUCUAUAUACAAUAAAAUAUUUCGCAAUCCGUUCGGUUUUUGUGAAAAUCUUCAUCUUUCUGUAUUAUUUUAUAGCUUCACUUCGUCGCCUUGUCGUAUCCCACGCGAGUCAUCAUUAGCUACGUAUACGUAUAUACCUAUUAUAGGUACUCUGAUUAUUAUUUUUGCCAAUCACAUGUCUCACAACCGCAAUCCCGUUCGCGGUUACUAAACAAUUUUUUAAUUAUCUAGCUGAUACCGCUGAUGAAUGUAACACUGUUAUGAAAGACAAGUUGGAAAGGAUGAUGUAUAAAAUAAUUUAAUAUAUAUUUAUACGCAACGAUAAACUGUUGUUAACGAUAAACGAUACAGAGUGGAGUAUACUUUAUGAAUAUUAGGCCAAAGUACAGAUCAGAAAUCAACAAAAAUUAUGAAAACAUUGUCGUUUUUUCCCGUUUAUUUGGAAAACUACAAGGAAAAUCAAAAAUGGUUUUUAAAUGCACCAAUUAGAUAAAACAAUUUACAAGAAUGUUCCUAUAUAAAGUUUAAGAUUGAAUCGAAAUUUCUGAUAGAAAAUUUGUUUACAGAUGGGGUAAAAAAUAAAAAAAAACACAUAUAGUAAAACUAUCAAUGCAUUCCUCGCUUUUACUUAGAUUCUAAAAGUAUCUGUGUGUAUAGAAACACUUAUUAUUUUUGCCCAUCAUACACUGCGUGCACGCCUCACGACCGUGCAGUUCCGUUCGCGGUUACUGGAAAUUUUCACUUAUACACAAGUAUAAUAGAUUGUAUUUUUCGAUUUUUGUUCUUCUUUGUAACGCUCGUCAUCACAUCCAUCCCCUGCACUACUACACUAUACGUUGUAUAAUAAUGUAAUAUUUCGAAAACAGUUUCCGCGGGUAUAAUAGGGCGGCCGCGCUGCAGCGCCAGUGCACACGUCGUCUGUUCUUGUCACAUAAUAAUAAUAAUAAUAACCAAUGGCGGUUGACGCACGGCACCGCCUUUUCAAAGGGUCUCUCCGCCCGGUACUCGUAAUUAUAAAAAAAAUAAAUAAAAAUAGAAGAAUAUACACGACACCGAACUCUGUAUAUACUUGUAUUUGGCGGUAAUGGGGCUCGAAAGGGUUUUCCACGGCCGAGAUCCUUGUCGCAUGUAUAAUCUAUACAUACAAAAAUAAAGUCCCUUUGGCCCGUUUAUUUGGGGUGUGUGUGCUUAUGGUUCGAAACCGACGAAAAUUAGACAGUAAUGUGUACUUACUGUAGCAAUGGUGAGACUGAUACCAAUGUAAUAUGGUUAGUGCUAUGGCCUAACAAAUCUAUGAUUGACCUAUAUGAUUGAAAAUGAUGGCCAUCAAAGAAAGUGAUACAAAUAAGUUGGCUGAUGAAGCCAUUGAAAACUACAAGAUUCCCGAUGUAAAUGUUUGUGGAUCUGUUUUUGAGGUGCGGAAAAAAACGAGUGGAUUUUAAGAUAACAAGACGUAAUAGAAUCAGGUAUAUACGUAAGUAAAACGUGUUAGAAAGAAUACCGGAAUACCUAUUAUGUAUUCUGCAGGCUAGUGUUGAAUUUCAGAGGGGUUUUGUAAUUGAGCUGUAAAGGCUGUGUAGGCAACGACUCGUGUAGCGAAAGGAGAAGAAAAACUGGUAAUGUAUGUAAAAAGUCUCCAACAUUAUUAUAUAGCUAAUUCGUCGCGUUUUAAAACUAUUCCCUAACCAUGCCGAGGUUCUAAACACUACCUACGUCUUCGACCUAUUGCCGACGAGUUCAAUUUCACGCAAAUGUUCUCGGUCAAAGAAUUUUAAAAGUUUUACCUACCGCCGAGGUCUAUGAAAAAAAAAAUUGUUCUCACCAUAUUGUUCGUUUUCAUACACUUCGCGCGCGUGCGCCUUCUACAACAUAAUAAUAAUAAUAAUAAUAAAGUGUGCAGUUUGCGUUUAAAUUAUUGUGUAAUAAACAUAAAAUUACGCGUUAUAUCUAAACCGAAGCCAAUUUUACGUCGGAAUAAUACGGUUUUAUGACACGCCGCUGUUUACCUGUUGAUUGUGAUUCCGGAACGAGAGGGAAAAUAUUGUUAUUAUUAUUAUUAUCAUCAUCACGGCGUUUAUUACCGUAUAAAAACUGCAGAAAAUAUACCGAAACAUAAUCACAUUCGAUUCGUAUUUUGUAUCGGAUUACCGACCGGGAUUACGCGUUCCCUACACACUAUACAACUGCAGCCCGUCACAUAGGAUUAUAAUUCGCGGUGCCCGCGAAAAAGACGUUAAUUCACUGAAUAGUGAAGAAUGAGUUGUUUAGACGAAACAAAUAUGUAUUUUUCGUAUAAAAUGUGUCAAAUCAAUUUGUCCAAUAGCAAACGUGUUAUUUCAAUGUGCAUUUUAAAACAAGUCGUAAUUUGUUCGUUCUUAGUGUGUUUUAAUUUAUAUCGCAUAUCUACUGUAGCGUGUGACUAUAACUAUAGUGUCAAUUAAGUCGAGUCGCUCAAAAUUAAUUUAAAUCAAUGUGCAUCAAUAAGCUGUAUUUUAAACAUUAAAAUAUAUAAAUUAUGUUAAACAGUACAAAACAACACAUUAUAUAGAAUCUUGUAUUACUUAAAUUAUGGCGAAAUGUAAACAAAACUCAACAGACUUUGCGUUUUCAGUUAAAGUUUAUUAUUAGUCUACUGAAAAGUUCUGAAAUGUUUACUUGACGUCUGUUCUUUUACGCGCACCCGUCCGCGAAUUAUCAGAAAAUCGUAAAAAUCCGAAUUAUACGCGUCAUAUUAUAAUCAAACUGUUUGCGCGUUCUCAAACACGUUUCGUGGCGCGUACAUUAAUAUUAUUCAUAUUUCAAAUAAACGACGAAAAUUAUUCUAAACUCACCGUCGUCGUCAUCACAUUUCCCACGGAUCUUUGGAUUUCGGUUAUCUAUUACGUAUGAUAUUAUAAUAUAGGUAGAUAUAUGCUCGCCUAUUUGCAUAUAUUAUGUCUCCAAACAAACCGGCCUUGCGGCGCACGUGUUAUUUAUACCGUGCACGAGUCUCGCGUACUUCCUAUAUAUAGGUACACGAGUAUAUACAGCGUCGAAUGAUUAUUAAUACGUAUAAGUUGUUUAUUGCGAAAAAGAAAGAGGAAAAAAAAAAUAAGAAAACCGUCACAUUGUUCUGUCAAUCAGAUGUCGUUGUAAUACAGCGAUUUUUUUCCCCUCGUCUUCGUCGACCGCGAUGUUUAUUUCCGACCACACUUGACUCUCGCGGCUGUAGCCAUGGUGAUGUGCCGCGAUGAUGACCGUCAGUCGUUCAUCCUCCGCAGCAUAUAAUAAUAUAUAUACAUUAUUAUCGUAUCGUAAUUUGACGAAAACGCAAACGAUAUACGCGUCGGGUUUAUUUCUAUAGGUAUUACCUGCGUGUACAAACGCGGCUCGGCCGUGUCGUCAAUAUCAAAUAUAAUAAUACACGACAAAAUGAUGCGGAAUAUCGCAAUCUCGCCUUUUGCCGUUGUCAAUAUCCUAUAUACAAUAAUGGUAAAUUGAUUGACGAUCUCGGUGGUCAAAAAGGUAUAAUAUAUUGAAAACGAUCGCGAGGAUAAUUGACCGGAUUUUUCGAUCGUAUCGCUGUCAGCGUGACAAGGGUGUAAUGAAUCCCGCGGAAUGCCCGCGAAUUUCACAAUGCAAUAUUAUUAUUGUGUUUGUGUGUAGUAUGAUAAUCAUUUUUUUUUUCGUUGUAAAAAUAUAUAUAUAUAUAUAUGACGAGGGGGAAAACGCUAUACAAUCAGAUUACGAUUAUUGAUAUUACCGAGGCCUCGAUCCGCAUUGUUGAACGCGCCGCAACGGAGCUGAUGUUUAUCGAUCCGCAAUAUUUUGUCGUUUUCGCCCCGCGAACGUCUUUAUGUAUACUCGUAUGUACAUAUAUAUAUAUAUAUAUAUAUGUAUAGUGUUACGUCCGUAUGUUUCGUGCGGAUAAGUACGAAACACACGAAGGCGUAGGGGCGUUGGAAGAAGGGGUAGCAGGAGGAGGUGGGAGUUUAUCUUUUUUUUUCCCAAUACGUUUUCGAAGACGUUCGCAUAGAAUUUAUAUAAUAAUAAACCGAUAUAUAUACUUACGUAUUAAGUAUUAUUAUAUAGUAAUAAUAUUAUAAAAUACGAUUCAAUCAUCACUGGCGCGAGCGUUCGUUAAAGUCUCUCGUUCAGAAUAAAAAUAACGCUGAACGUCGCGCCGAGUGAAUAAUUUUUUGACGCACACGCACCGCGAGUGCUGUGCCGCUGUAGCUCUCGAUAGAUCGCUCCCAGCGUCUCAUCUCGUAUUAUAUUUUAUACAGGUCGUAAACGCUCAGUAACAUAUUGUUAUUAAAAAUAAUCCGACAGACGGACAGACGGGCCGUCAACCGUUUAAUUAACAUGACAUAUUAUCAUCGGCUUAAAUCGAUAUCCCUGUACCUACCUAUCGUGUUAUGACAGUAAUAACAACAUCAUCAAUCAACGUUUAUUGCAGCAGUCCGCGCGCGGAUGAUGGUCCGUCCGAUUAUUAUAACUUUUGGGAGGUUUAAAUAAUAUCACAUGUACAUUUAUUAUAUCGUAUAAUAUACAUCACCUGUUUAAUUUAAUAUCAUAUAUAUAUAUAAUUUAUAUUAGUGAUGUUACGAAUCCUGAUUUUUUUAAGUCGAAUCAAAAUUUUCUAAUAAUUAACGAAUCAUUACGCAUUAUUAUUCAAACCGAACAUUAAAAGAGACAAAAGGUUCAAAAAUAUGACAUAUAAAUGUAUAUGAUGAAAAAAUCUAUUCUUUUGUCUAGGGUUUUUCGUAAGAGACCGCCAAUCACUCGAACCGAAUCGAACACCACGCGAGUUAGAAAAUCGAACAGUUCGUGACAUCUCUAAUAUAUAUAUACGAGUAUACAAUAAUUAUGAUACACAUUGAUGUAAUGUUGUGUAUAGGUACUCCUAUGAACUGAUAUAUUAUAUUUUAAAGGAUUUUUACUAGGCGACACUGUGAAUAACGAUUCGCCUAUAUAUAUAUAUAUAUAUAUAUAUAUCAUUAUCGUGACUCGAAGAGUUUUUUUCGCGCUCAUAAUUAUAAUCUCAACGGAUUACAAAUACAUUCCAAAUAACGCUAGCCAGGGCCAGUUUAUACGAGACACACGCGCCAAUCGUAUCAUCACUAUAUAAGUCGUAAAAAAAAUACUAGGUAGCACGAUAUAUGCUCUAGGCCUGAAUGGGUGUAAUGAGUGAUCAAUAUAAUUUGUUUGACUAUAUAAAACGAUAAAAUAAUGUAUUUGUACUCGUAGAAAUGAAUAUUUAUUAGUUUUUUUCUUUUGAUGAUUGCUGCAGUAUUCGGAUUUUUGAAUUUAAGGAUUUACAAUAACAAGAAGCGGAGUAAAAAAUAUUAAUGACACCAUCGAUAUUUGAGCCGGGGAUUAUAUUAUACUCGUAUAAAAUAUAAGUAUACCUAUACCGACAAAAGAUAUAAUAACUACACUAUAUAUAUUAUACACGUAAUGGAUGAACGCGAAAUGAUUCAGUGUUUUUUUUUUUUUCUGACGAUAAAUCGAUUUUAAAGGUUUUUUUUUUAUACAAUAGUUACCGAGAAACACAAACAAAUAUUUUUACUGCGGCACGUUCGGUUAUAUAAGUGAAUCGAUUUUUUUUCUUUUUAAAUCGAAUUUUGAUCGCUCGAUAAACAUUAUGUAGGUAUUAUAAAGAUGUAUAUCAUUGGAUCGGAUUAUUAUUACGACGUGUCCUAAUGCAAUUAGGAGGGUGAAACAUGAUUCGUUUACUUAUCGGCUGAUAAUAAUAAUAUGGCCGUGUUAAACGCGUUAAAAUAGUAUUAUCGUAUAUCCCCCCUCCCCCAGCUAAGCGAGACGAAUUGUUUGUCCAACCUAUUUCCUAAUAUAAUAUAAUAUGCAAAUGUUUGGACACCGCAUUAAAUAUAUAUUCGAAUCAAUUUUGCAGUAUUAUUGUACGUAGAGAGGUAUAUAUAGUGUAUAUUGUGCGCGUAGCCCCUCGUCGUUUAUAUUAUUAUUAUUAUUAUAUAUACGAGAUUUUCGAGUAUACGCAUUCUGUAAGUUUUUAUCACGCCCAUAUUAUAGAGAAUGAUAAAUUAUUGUCGUCGUCGUCGUCGGAUUGCAGUAUGCAGCGUGCGUGCGCGUUUGUGUUCGUAUACGGACGAUAUCCAUUUUUUUUUUCCACGAACAGAGCAGCUGCACCGGUCGCCACAAUACAAGACAAAUGGUCCCUUAAACAUAUAACGAUAUUCCCCUCUAAGCCAACUAUACGCGCUGCAGAUAUAUCAAAAAUAUAAUAUAAUAAUGUCCGUAUAUACGGUGUUGUGAUUUUUUUUUUUUAUCUAAAUAUUACAAUAUUAUUAUUAUCUAUAAUCGUUAUCGACGAUUUGGUUACCCGUGCUGCAGCAGUGGCGGUUAAACGGAUAUUGUUCCCAAAUUUAAUUUUUGUAUUUCCUAAGCAUAUAUUCAAUAUGCAUGCAUAAUAUAAUAGCACACAUUGGUGAAAAAUGAAGGAGGAAUUUUUGAAAAUUGUCGCCCAUACCCUUGGUCUUUGAAAUUGAAGUGUAUAAAUAUAUUAUAGCCGCAACUGGAGACCGGUUGUGUUACUUACUAAUAUUAAUAUUAAUUUGGUUAAUAGAUAGAUGAGUAGAAAAUAAUUAUCGAUUUACCACGUUGUUAAAGUUAAUUGUUUUAUUAAUUGACUAAGUAAAUUUAAAAAUUAAAUUACUUAAUUAUUAAUAAAUUAAUAAAUUAAUACAUAUUAUUUAAUAUUUAAGUUAAUUAUGUUUGUACAAUUUUUAUUGUUCAUAUACCUAUAAGCUAUAAUAUCAAGUAAAAACGAUUAAACAGCGACUUAUUAAAUCAUUUUUUAAAAAUAAGGACGAUGCUUUUUUUUUAAAUGGAAUCCCACAUAUAAUAUUAUUGAGUAAAAAAGAAAAAAAUUAAUAUUAAAUAGAACGUAAUACGCAACUUUCAAUAAUCAACUCCAACAAACUGUAACAUAUUAUUAUCAGCUCUUCUAUUUUUUUUUUUAUAUUAAUUUAUUAAAAGUCGUGUACUUUUCCGUAAUAAUUCUUCUUAAAAAUUCUUCAUUCGUUACUCUUUCAGAGAUAUCUCGAGCUUUUUACGGUCACGUUACAUUUCAAAUUAAUGAAAUACUACAGUAAAAUAUGUCAACGUAAAAAGAAAAAAAAAACAAACAUAAUAUUAUACAAUCGCGUGUAAAUCGGAUAUUAUACAAUACGAUUCGCAUUUGUGUAAUGUACUAUAUUAAGUUUCUGAAUUACGAUAGUAAUAUAUAUAUAUAUAAAUAUAAAUACGAUAUACGCAUAUUAUUAUUAUUAUGUGUGUGCAUGUGUGUGUUGGUCGAAUAUACGCGCGAAACAAUAAAAAAUAAUGCGUCAGCAGCAGCGUGCAUAGAAGCUGCAGAACAAAACCGUAAAGAAGAAAAUACACGUGUAAACCGGUAACGUUCCUCAAGGCUGCUGUUAUGAUAUUUUCUUUUAUGUCGUACAACCCUAUUUUGUAUAAUGCGCUGACAAAUUCUCUGUUUAUAACCCUUAUUAUUAUUAAUAUUUGUAUUAUUAUUAUUACGUCUCUUUAUAUUACGCAUGCCUAUACCUGUAUGUUCUUGUGGCUGUCAUGUUCCAUAUAAAUUAUAUUAUCUGCCUACCGCCCCUCGAAAAUGUUCCGAACGCGUAGGUAUAUACGUAUAAUAUGAUAAUGAUAUCCUAAGAUAAGUGCUGCUGCUGUUAGAUUAUUGAAAAAGAAAAAAAAAAUCCAUACAUAUAUAUAUAUAUAUGGUAUAUGGGAAAAAAUAAUAAUAUAAAAACCGAAGACGGUUCUCAGGAGCAGAGCAGAACAGCGAGACUCAUUAUAUUCAUAUACGAGAGGAGGUAAAAAAAAAAAUUUAAAAAAAAAAAAAGAGAGAACCAGACGUCGUCGUUGUCAUCGUUUGAAAUUCAUAUAUACAAUAAUAAGCCGUUUUAUAUUAUUGUAUAUUAUAAAAAUUCAUUACGGUCCGUAUAAUUUUUUAAUUGUCCGCGUACCUGCAGCCUACUCGCGUAUACGUAUAUUAUAUACAAUAAUAAUUAAAAAAAACCGCAAGUGGACUGGUAAUUUGAUUUGUGGUGUCGUUUUGCUGGCAGUGGUCGUAUGCUCGCCGGACCACCGGAAUCGCGAUGGCUAUAAAUUAUUAAAUACAUAUAUUAUUAUCAUUAUUAUUACGCGGACUUACAGUAUCAUUAUUGUGCGGACUCGCGCGGGAUCUGACGAUGGGAAGCGAAAAAAAAUCCGUACUACCCGUGUUGUUCGUAUUAAUUUAAUAUUAAUUUUUUUUUUUUUCAUUGUGUACCGUUCACGUCGUCGUCGCACACACGCGAUAACUGUACCUGUACGACGACGACGGCGGUUAUAUCAUAUUAUUAUCGUGUAACAAAUUUUGCGAAGGCAAAUCAAAUGCAACUGGGAACGUGACGAGAUGUAUAAUAUGUUUAAGACACUGGAAUCGGCGCGAACCUAAUAACGGUGGCAGUUGAGCGAUGAUGCGUGUACCGACCGGGAAUGAAAGAAUCGAAAAGACCCGGGGAAAUUAUCGAGUGUAUCGGUUGAUGUAACCGGGCAAAGAAAGUACGGAGGCCGGUGUGGUGUCGGUGGCGGCGAAAACGAAAACUCUUGAACAGUAUAAUGCAUAGUAAUAUAGCUGCGAUGGACAAAAAAAAAAAAAAAAAUCAACCAUCGCGUGUUUAGGCGAUUGUAUUGGCGGAUCUCGGCCUGUAUAACGGUCGUCGGCUUGUGCUUUAUAAACUUAUACACGUGCCGCCGCGGUAUUGGAAAAAUAAUACUAUUAUUAUUGUUGUUUAAUUUCGUUGUUGAAAAGAAGGACUUAUAAUAGUUGUUGCAGUGAAGCCGAACCCGAGAGCGCACGAGGUCACCCGCGGGUACCUAUAUAUAUAAUAUUGUUAUGUCGGGGUGGUGUAAACAAUAGGAAAAAAAAAAAAAAAUCCCGGUGUAAUAAUAAAUUUUAAGGCGCAUAACAUAUUGUUGUUUGAACAGAAUCGAGUCAUCAAUCAGUAAUUAUUGUUUUUUUUUUUUUUUUUUUUUUUCGGUAUUGUUAUUAUUAUUAUUAUUAUUACGCGUAUUGAUAUCCUCAGCUCUCGUGCGCGAGCGGUAGACGGUGUGAAAUGAUUUGCGUUUAUUAUUUUUGUUGGUAGGUAUAGGUCCGAAAAAACAAUAGACCCAGAGCCGAUGAGCUCUACGAGCAAACACGUGUCCCGCGCGAUUGGCCGACGACGGCCGGGUCGUUAUUGAAAAACACAAAUGUACACACGUGUAAUAACAGGCUCGAAUGAUGCGCAAAACCAUUUUAUUGGUGACAAAAUCGGGACCACGAAUUUGUCGCGUUUGACAUUUGCCCGUUGCACGCGCCGUUCGCGCUCCUGACGACGCGCGGUAGCACUAACUGCGAUCCGACAAAAUCCCACCCGGGUACUGCAAACGCGAACGUUCAUUCGGGCGUAUUGCCGUUUGCCGUUGCACCCACCCACACUUCUCGCUCGGUUGAUUACCGAACCGAUUGAGCCGACACUUUGCAUAGGCGAUAUUUCUCCCCUCCCCCCCCUGGUAUUCAAGCCCUAAAUGAGAGUGGCGGGUAGGGACGACGAUUCGUCCGUUAUUUAUUUCGGCACGGGCGACGACGCGGGGCGGGACAUCCACUAUGAAAUGCGCGGUAUACCGCGGUGGCGAUUCGACGUGGAUCGCGUAAGGUACCGGACAAGCGCAGGACUUUAUCGUAUUUUCGAUUAGAACCUGUUCGCGUCGUCUAACCAUUAUUCUGUCUGCACAGUGAUAACCGCAGAACGGGUUUAUAUGAGCACUUAAAAUCCAUAAAAAAAAAAAAAAGCGCUCGUAAUUAUUUGUAACAAGUUAAAACCGUUGAAAAAAAAAAAGGGGGAGGAGGGCGACGACUUUAAAACCCCUCUGAAACUUUUGCUUUUUUUUUUAUAAAUAACAAUUAUAACCGCGACGAAAAGCGUUGUUUCGUUCUUUUUCGCCCGUUUAAAAAUCCGUCACUCGUCCGUAUCGCCCAGCCGAUAACAUUUGCCGCAGCGUUCCGUGAUAACCGUAUCGUCGUAUCGAAACGACAUUUACACCGUACCCGUGCGUGCGUAUCGCAGUGCGGCGCGACCAUUACCCGCGGACGGUAACGGUACACGGGAAGUUUUUCUUCGCCGGGGACGAUUGGGCGGCACGGCGUUUCUCGUGUAAUCCCGCGGUACGAGCGCAUAAUUUAUUGUGUACACGUUCUCGUAUACUGCACGCCGGCGUACAUUACGUAUUAUUGUCAUUAUUUGGGUGUCUGGUCGUCCGGUUGCGUGUGUGGUCUAAAAACGCCGGGCAAGAAAAGAAAACGGGCCGGAGCGGGUAUGGCAGUACAGUGCAGGCAGUAUGCGGUGCGCGACACCGCGUGCGAUUAUUAUUAUUAUUACGGUAUUUCGGGAAACGUUUCCUGGGACACUUACCCCGAAAAACAGAAAAGAAUACGGGGCGACGGGGGGAAAAAAAAAAAAUAAUAAUAAUAAUAAUAAUAAUAAAAACGAUAACGUGUGUCCCGGGCGCGCGAUAUUUAUGAUGGUCCCGCGCGCGCACGUAUACAUACACAUAUGUACACGCGGGUCUCUCCGGGUCACAAUGGACGUCCCGUCGAGAAGGUGCCGGGCCCCCGUUACAAUUUAACACCGGGUGGGUACCCGUUUUUUUUUUCCUUCUUCUUUUUCGCUUUUCUACGUUACAUUAUAUCGAUUCGUUCGGCACCUCAAAAGUCCUCUGGGGUCCUAUACGCGCAUAUACGUAUACACAAUUUAAUACCUAUACAUGUAUAUACGUUUAUUCAAUAGAGAUUUUAUUAAGUAGCGAUCUUUUGUAACUGGCGACGACGACGGCGACGGUCCACCGCCACCGGAGUCAUUGGUCAUCGUCGUCGACGGCCGACGACGCUUCCGUCUCUCGGGGGGGGGGCAGAUGUGUGCGUACGUACUCUCCCGGCCAUUGUCCAGCUGCCGCUCGGGGUGGACCAGCGCACGCACUCACGCGCCUACGCGCACACACACACACACACACACACACACUAUAAAUAUUAUAUAGAUCUGACAGGUAGGUAUAAUAAUAUUAUCGUAUUGUAUGUACGGAUCGGACCCGAUUUCACCGCCGCCGCCGCCACCGUCGUCUAGCUAUUAUUGUCCGAUCCGACUGCGCGCCAAUAAUCGCGCGCGCGUGAUGCGCGUACCGAAAUGUUGCGUUCGGAUCCGAUGAUAAGCGACGGCGGCGUUUUAUUGUAUGAAUCCGGGUUCUCUGAAAAAAAAUUACCGCGCGCCAAUCGUUAUUACACACGCGCUUCUCGAACUGUGGGUCCGCUUAAAAAAAAUUAAAGAAAAACGAUGCCAAAAAUCGAUUCGAUCUCUUAUUCCUAUGCGGGUAAACGGCGUCCGGUUUGCGAUUUUCCGUGUCGAUUCAAUAACUGUGAUGUAUGUGGUGUUUUUGCGUGCCUGCAAAUGACCGUUCUACCAGAAAUCUUGCUCCGAUAUCAAAAACUGUUUAGCGACUUUCUUGUGGCUUUUAUUAGUAUGUAUUACGGUUGGCGCAUUCGGGAAGUCGUUUAAUUUUCUUCGUAUCGUUUAUCUCGACGACAAACGGACGUUGUACGACCAAUGGUACUCUGCGUAUCAUGACGAAAUCGCGUUUCGUUAGUGAUGGCCGGGCGCCGACAUUAAUCAAUAACAAUUACUCCAUGCAGUGUAGAGCGGACGAUCCUAAAACCGUCGACCCGCCGUCGGCAUGUACCGGUCAUUGUUUUUAUUUUGUUUGUUAUUAAUCCUUCGGUUUCAUUGCGCACAUUUAUCGGUAAAAACGGACUCGUGGUAAGGUAAGGGGGUGAGGGGGGGGGUACGGGCAAUAUAGGCGUCGCGCGCGUAUGCAUACUGCAGUUAUGUUACGUUCCGUCGGUUGUUCGCGUUUGUUCGCCGAUUUCGUUGCGCGUAUGAAUAUUAUAAUAUAUCUGCGCUACUUGCAGCAGCGCACAUCAUCACCUCUCGCCGCAAAACAAUAGGACCGUUUCGUAUUUAUAAUGUGCAUAAUACGCGCGCAUUGGUAUAUGUUAUAACACGAGGUCGGCGACCGUCAUCGACGACGACGAUAAUAAUAUUACACAAACCGAAUUCGUGUGUACGGGUAUACACACACACACACACACACACACACACGAGUGCCUGUAUUAUUAUUAUUGUGCUUUCCGAACACAAAUCCGAGUUAUCUACGUAUCGUCCGUACACGUAUACUCUAUUGUUCGCGUUAUAAUAAUAAUACCGCGGUAUAUCACCCUCGAAUUUCCGGCGACAGUAUCCGCACGCACGACGCCUGACGAGGAGUUGCCGCGAGAUACCGCGGGUCGACGCGCGUCCGAGUGAAAUAAAUCGAGUCCGAUGCGCAUUACCGAUUACGGCCGCGGCCUAAGGAGUCCGUAAUGUAAUAACAUGCGCUACGCUAUGACACACAUUGCGCAGUGCGGGGAGGGGGGAAAUAAAAAAAAAAAAAUAAAUAAUCGUUUUUAGAUCGACGCACGCGAUACUAUUGGUGGUUUUCGAUUUGUACCGACGAUAACACUUAUUAUAACAAUAAUAAUACGUACGCGAUAUUAUAGAAGCACGCGAGCGAUUCCCGUAUUGUUAUUGUUACGAUCGUUGAUUAUCGAUGAAAGUACUGUUGUCCUGUUACAAUUCGAAAAUCAAAAAAAAAAAAAUUAAAAAAAAUACCGCGCUCUUACGUGUAUAAUUGGUUAUUGCGCGACGUACUCGCGCGCCUUGGAUCGCGUACAACGGAUAGAGCUGUAUAAGCGAUAACACGCGUCACCGGCAUAUUGUUAUCAAGAGGGUAUGUCACUUGUUCGCACGCGCGAACAACUAUUAUCAGUCCUAUCACAACCCGUGCCUAAUAGACUAUCAUAGAGUUGUAAUCGUAUAAUGCGUAAAAUAUCCAUCCGAAAAUCCAACAAAUAGGUUUUAAUGGCAUUUUAAAAGGGGCGUUACACAUGCGCUACGGCAUACUCGUUGCGCACGAGGGCGUUUAGCUGUUCAAUCCCGUGUAUACAUUAUGGUCCAAGACUUGCACACACAAUCUGGACGCGCAUCGACAGCAUGUAUUGUGACCGUAAAACAUUUUAACCGCGCGGAACAGGUGAAAUGAUAUGCGAAUUGUAACAUAAUUGCGUACGGGUAGUGAUACCUAUGCAUGUAACAUCGUGCGACGUCAGUCCGUUUGCCCUUUACACAACGGUCGGUCUUUCACGAACUCGAGGGGUGGGGGGGGAGGCGAUGGAGGAAACGAUUAUCGCUCGCCCGUGCGGAUAUAUUUUCUUUUGCGAAUAUUGUUAUUCGUUCCGUCGCGAUAACACUUUUGAAGUACAUACGGGUCGCGAACGACGCGGCGUUAUUGCUUUAAAGGUGCGUUUUGAAAUUCUCCGGAUGUACAGACGCGGCGAUUGAUUUUGUAGAAUGAUAUCGUCUGGACGGAUGACUAAUCGGCAAAUUUUUAUCUAUUUGGGGAAAAAAAAAAAAACAUUUUCUUCGCUUCGUCCGCGAUACCGCCUAACGAAAGUAGUGAAAAAAGCGUACCAGAUGAGUACACGACCGUGUAUAGGUAUCAUAACGGUCGGGUAGUUUACGCGGUUUAACAAUUGAUUAUACUCUUUGAACCGUAUUAAAUCCGAUACCGAUUCGACAUUUCAGAUAAUCGAAAUAAUCGAGAUAGUCCGAACGGUUUGUCUAAAGUUUAGACUCUAAACGAUUCAAUUAUUAUGUAUUUCGGAUAACGGCCCAGGUAACUUAUUAAUUCGUCUAGAAUGGAAUAUAAAAAAUCGCCUAUCUAAAUAGAUAAAUCUGUUUGGAUAAAACGAAACGCUGACGGUCGCGAAGUCCUGUUCCGUUUACGCGUUUCGAUUAUUUGCCGCCGACCGGAAACCGCGUUCUCGUAUUAUUUGUUUCGUUAUUGUUGCGCGUCUAAAGUGUAUUUCAUUUAAAUUUUCACCGCGCGUGCGUUUUUAAUAUUUCGUACUCGAGUGUAAGGGGCGGAGGGAUGGUAAUACUGGGAGGGAAGGGCGGAGGGUAAUUGCCCGAUCUAUACGCAUAUUUCCGAUGAGAGGAAAACGUCGGGUAUCUAAAAAUACUAUGAUUUUAUACGUGUUCGGAUUCCAAAAAAAAAAAAAAGAAAAACGCAUUUCGAACGAUAGGAAUCUCCGACGGUAGACAGUGAGUGGGCACGAAUUCCGGGGACGCGCGCGUAUAAAGUAUAUAUCAUUCCGAAAUAUGAUUAUGUUAUGUACUCGUACGACGAAACAUAAUACUUCCAUGCGCGUUGUUUUCGUUAUUUUACAAACCCAUAAGUCAUAAACCCGUUUAGUCGUCUCUUUUUUUUUUUUUUUUUUAAAUAACUCAUUAAAAAUUAAGAGUCCUUGGAAAUGCCACCCAAUUUAUGAAAGAACGAGAACGAGCAUCAUCAUCUCGAGUAUAUAUAACAUGUGUAUACGCGCGAGUGGUAUUAUAUUAUUAUUAUAUUAGUGGCGCGGUGCACACACACUGCACGGCCGGAGACGGGGAGCCGAACGAAAAGAAGAUUUUUUCGAUAUUUUUUUUUUUUUUUUUAUUAUACCUAUAUCUUUUGACGAUAAUAUAAUAAUAAUAAUAAUAAUAUGUAAUAAUAUUACGUACGCGUAUACCUAUAUGCCCGUACGUGUAAUAUUUUUAUUGCAUUCCAGUUCAUUGUGUGUGUGUGUGUGUGUGUGUGUGUGUGUGUAUAUAUAUAUAUAUAUACACGCAUAUUAUAUUAUAUACACACGCGAGCCGUAACAUAUGUAAAUCGUUAAAACACACACACACUCACUCGUAUUAUACGCGUAUAUAAUAUUCAGCUCGUCGUUUGUAUAUAAUAAUAAUAUUGUAUACUGCAAGAAGAGGAGACGAGACCUGUAGCUCCGGCGGAGUCGUUAAAAAAUACAGUAAAAAAAAAAAAAAACAAAACCAAAAAAACCAAAACGUCACCGUAUUAUAGUAAUGCAGUUUAGGUAUUAUACGCAUUAUACUGUCGGUGUCGCUAAUCGUUUUUUCUUUUUUUUUUGACGACGACGACGAACACCCGCGUCCGCCUAUAAAUACACUUAGGCGCCGCCUGCAAUACAGGAAAACGGAUAUUCACUUAUUCGAAAAACCGAUGACGACGCCGCAAUAUUAUCGUCGUCCCGUCAUUAUAUCGCGCCACGUAUUAUCCACGCGAACCGUUCGAUACGCUCGUAUUUUUUUAUUAUACGCGCGUGGGUUGCGGGUCCUAUAUAGUAUGGAUGUAAUGAUAUCGCGUCGUGUAAAACGAGAGACUCUGUACGCGUCGUCUUCGGUAUAAAUAGGCUGGUAGUAUUUUUUAUUAUUUUUUUUUUUUUAAAAAAAAAAGAAAUUUCGAUUUUACCGCCGGAAAUCUCGCAUAACCGAAAAACGACGAUAUUACUAUGUACGUAUUAUCGUGUUUUCAACAAAGUCGAGUGCGCGUAUAUGAAUGACGUUAUUCGCACCUCGUACACCGCGUAUACAGACGGGGACGGGGGCGAGAUACUUAAAAACGAGUAUCUAUACGGAUACAAGAUACUACAGCGUAAUACGAAUUUAUAUAUAUAUUUAUAUAGACUAUACGAUACCGUACUAUUCGAUCGUAUGUUGUGUAAAUAAUAUAGGGGCGGGCUUUGAAAGUCCAAAGAGAAACGGGAAAUUGCGGGCACGCGCGUUUUCGUAUUUUUUGAAUUUUUUCAACACUGCUCGGUCAAAGCCCGUGUGUAUAAUAUCUGGGGCUCGGGUCGAAAAGGGCCCACCCAAUCUCACUUUUGAUUAAUUUUAGGAAAUUAAUAAGAACAAAACGCAUUUUUGGGUCUAUGAUGGUGCAAUAUAUAAUUUCCGUAUCAGGGGUGGCUCGACUUUUUUUUCCGGUAGAGAUCUGCAAAGAAUAUAUUUUCACAUUGAGGGUCGACUUCCCAACGAAAAUGUAUAAUUGUAAUAAUUUACAAAUUGCAUUAAUUUACAUUUAUCACCUCAUAAAACUACAAAUAAUAAAACCAAAAUGUAUAUUGUUUUUCGUCGCACUUUUAUUAAGACCGACAUACUGUUGCAAAAAUACAAAUUGCCAGUACAAACGCUGGUUAAUUGUAUUACGGCUUGAUAGAUCGACAGCGAACUAAUGAUAUAUUGAGAUAACAAUUGCAAUUGUCUACUGUAAUCGUACGAAAACAUGUUCUGACAAAAGGGAGAUCGGCAUUCGAACCGUCCGCGGUCUACCGGUCAACCCCCAUCGACCGUUCGACCGCCCCUUCUCUGUCCUCUCUCUGUAUACAUAUAUUUAUAUUAUGACGUUCGGGGAUGAUUCGGGGAAAAAAAAAAUUUUAAAAAAAAAAUAAUAGACAAAGUACAACUGCGCUACACGCUCGUCCGCGUGUUGUAACCGCCAUCCGGUAGUCCUGUAAACAUAUACGAGUAUACGUAUACUAAUAUAUAUUACCGGUGCGCGAACCCGUCCGCGACGGGAAGUGUAUUCGCGUUGUAAUACAGACGCCGCAGUACUUCUCGUGACCUGUCGAUCGGUGGACGGUCGAUAACGAGAGGACUCCUUAAAGAUGGACACCUUUUCGACCGGCGUCCGACCGCGCGCACGCGCGUCGGUCGUCCAUGUGCGUACGCGUGUGCACGCACGUGUACGGAUUAAUGACGCGCGACGGGCGUAGCUAAUUUACACGUUUACGGUAUCGCACCCGGCCGAGGGAAAACGGAAAAUAUCAAUUCCGCGAUUGACGGCCAGCCUCCGCGGAAGUGUCGGCCGACUGCUGCGAGCUGUGCGUGUACACACACCGGCACGUCCGCCGGUCGCGAGUGCCGAUCGCGAUGAUAACGAAUAAUUGUAAUAUCGGACCUGCGCCCGGACCGAGUGUCGUUGUAGUGAAACGGUUUUCGAAACGUCGAAAACGCCUAACCGCGCGGUAAAAAAAAAAAAAACGGCGAAAAACACCGGAUUAUCAUGCCUACUUUAUUUAUAUUGACGUCUCGUAGUCCCGUAGGCCGCGAGACGAUUAGUCUGAAUAGCGGAGAGGGUAGCGGGGAAGGAGGGAGGAGGAGGACGGCGGAGAGAUACAAAUCUAAUAGUAUAUCGUGUAUAAUAUAUGCAAUACUAUAUCGGACAUGGAAAACGGGAUGCUGUUGUCUUGCAGUUGUCGUUGCCGUCCGCUUCGCGGCACGACGGUUGUUUCGGAAACAGAAAAAUAUCUUUGUACCCAAUAUGCGUGAACGUUGAUUUUUUUUUUGGAGACCGAUCCGAUACAAUUCGCUUUAAUUCGCGAGAUUUCGAAACACAAAUCGUUCGCACAACGAACCGUGCGUAUUGCCAAAAUCUUUGCUGUACGCUGCAACAGGACGGUUCAUUUUGGUGGACGGGCCUCACACCGCGCGUCUAGUCCCUGCUCGAUAUCCCUCGAUAAAACGCACUAUAUUACAUUAUUAUAUUUUGUCGCCCGAGAAAAAUACGACGCAAACUAUUGCCUAUUAUAUUAUAUUGUCCCCGAAUAAUGGAAAAUACCUGCCUCCUCUGCGGUGUAUAUAAAAUACCUGCCCGCGACGGACGCAAUGUCGUGUCCGAAGACGCCGUUGUACAUAAUACUAUAAUAAUAUCAUAGUGUCGCGACCGUCCAAGGACUCGCAUUCGUCAAUGUUCGGUGUCAAUGCGUUACACGAAAUUCGGGUACCUAUGUGUAUCGUAUAUACGAAAGCAGAACAAUCUUCUUCGGUUUUUUUUUUUUUUUUGGUGAAAAUCGACGAUUCGACACGGAUUCUCGGGCGGACGCACGCAUCGUAUAUAUUAUUACAUUGUACAUAUUGUAUAUAAAAGGGCCCUUUGUACGGAUUCCCACACCACUUACGGCGGGAUUUAUGGGCUCGAGGUCCGAUAGUAACACAAGUGAACCUCGUAUAAUAAAUUCCAGAAGUAACGAUACCAUACUGACCGCGCAUAAUAUAGAGAUGAGACAAAAAAAAAAAAAAAAAAAGGACUAAACCUAAAACCUUGAAGUUUUGAACCAAUAAGACCUUUUUCCCCCCCCUCUCUCUCUCUCUGUCCACGGUGCGUUAAAUAUAUAUUAUUAUUAGGUACACACAGACAGUGAAUGAAUAUAAGUAUAUAUAUAUAUAUAUAUAUAAAACAUACACGUGUACAUAAUAUAUUUUAUACGAUCCGCUGGACGUCUUUGUUCCGAAAAAUUCCGCCACACGAUCGUUAUUAUCGAAAAACGGAAUCGAUAUAAAAUAUUACGUGCACACUCGCCCCGCAGACUUUAGCCCGUAAAUAUUAUUCAAUUCUAAAGGGUGUCGUUUCGUCUCGUUUAUGUGUCGUUUAUUGUUUGCGCCCCCCCCCUCGUUCCCUCCCCGACAAUUGUCCGAGUACACCGUGUCACGCCACAUAAUGUUAUUUUGUGAUUUCGAAACCGUCACGUGCACUCGUACACUAAUAAUAUACUUAUAAUAUACUGCUGCGGUCAUUACUGCGCAACGAUGGUAACGAUUAUAAUAAUAACGCGUCCGGUGUUUUUACAGGCGAGAAACCGUUCAAAUGCGAGUACGAAGGAUGCGACCGGAGGUUCGCCAACAGCUCGGACCGGAAAAAACACUCGCACGUACACACGUCGGACAAACCCUACAACUGUAGGAUAUCUGGCUGCGAUAAGUCGUACACUCAUCCCAGUUCCCUCAGAAAACACAUGAAGGUAAGCGUAAUCACUAUCCGUAUUGUUAUUUUCAUAAAUCCUAGAAGAAAAAAUAUAGAAAAAUCGAAAACCAUUGCUAAAAUGAAAUGCGAUUAGGACGAUAUACGAUUAAGUUCGGUUAAACUUGUUUUAAAAUGCCGUGCUUCCAACGAUUUUCGUCAAAAUUUUAAAAUAAAAAAUGCUUAUAAACAAAACUAUUACAUUACACACCUCUUUCUUUUUUUUCUUUUUUUUUUUUUUUCUAACCACUUGAUAGUAAAUACUACCUAUGAACCUUCUAUAAAUAUUUUAAACAUUUCAGUUCGGACAAAACAAUUUUACCCGAACAAAAACUAUAAACCUCGAAAAUGUUAAAUGCUCAUUAAUGGUUCGAAAAUUGACAGAAAUCAGGCUUCAAAAGCCUAAUAAAUAUUUUGUAAAUUCCAGGUCUAUACGAUUAUUUUUAGCUGAAUUAAAACAAACAAAAAAAAUUGAAAAUAAAUAAUACGUUAGGCCGUAAAAUGUUUUGUUUUUCCUACUUUUUUUUUCCAAUUAUUAAGAAAACUACAAGGAAAAUCAAAAACACUGCCUACCUCUUACUGACGAAAUUUCAUUUGGGGAAAAUAUGCUGUUUACUUCAAAAUCGGAAUAAGAUUUCUGGUACAAACAUGUUAUCAAUAUGGUUAUAACCGUUGUUUACUGAUUUUUCAAAUUAAAUUACCUAUAACAGCGGCUGCACCCGUCCCCAUUAUCCUAGGACAGCUUUUUGUUUAUUUGUUAUUUUGAUCCGAUCUUACGUUAUUACGUGCGACGGUGUUGCUAUGGUUGGGUACCAUCACGCGCGCGGUCGAUACGCGAUUUACGAUAAAAUAUCAACGCUUGACUUUUUCCGCGCAGGUACACGGCAACGGCAAGAUGGACAGCGACGGCAACUACGAUUCGGAAGACUCCAACUGCUCGUCCGGCGGGUCCAUCAGGGUGACGGACAGUUGCACCACGUCGACGCCCAGCGUCGUGUCGCCCGGCGACCACCACGGCGGCGGAGGCGGCGGGUCCCAGACGCCGUCCAUCCUACACCCGACGGCCACUUCGGCGCUGCCGCUUCCCACGCCGCCGUCGUCCGAUUGGUAAACACGAUUUUCGAUUAUACCGCCUUAAUAGGGUUUUCGUUGGCCCGCGUCCGUCCUAUCCACCGCCGAACGAAAAGAACUCGCCGUCAUAAAUGUUCGCGGUUUCCAACGUUUGCUUUUUCAUGACGAUCGUGCGCGGAUAACGCUUUGAAAAAUCACGCGAAAGUAUUAUAUUUCAAGUACGCGCGCGUGAUCUGAGGAGAAUGUUUAGAAUACUGUAUAAUAAUGGAUACGAUACCGAGUUACAUUUCGUAGACUUGUUCGAAUAUUUCAAGUCGAAUACUUUGCGUGUUUUGCGUUUUACCGGGUUUAUUACAUACAGAAAUACGCAUACUAUUGCGUUUCCAGGCUUUUGAUUUCGAAAAUACGUUUCGCCCAACACCACCGCGCACUUGCAUAGAAAAAAAAAAUUACACGAAUAAUAUAGCAUUAAUAAUUACGUUAGGUUAUGUUCUACGUUCGCCCGCAUCGGAUGCUCCAAUGACCGUGGACAUAUUUAUUACAAGUCCCUGGGACGAGGGCCGUUUUACGUGUAACGCAUUGAAGCCAAUAACGUAAUACGUGCGAGGGAAACAGAGACGAUACGCGAUCUUUUCGCGGCUGAACAAAUUGUGUUUACACGUUUCACUUAUAUAUUCUGUGUAUUGAUAUUAUACGUUCUAUAUAAACCUCGGGUCCAAAAAGAAGGCCGAGCUCAGUUGCCGUGAAAAUCGUGUAUAAUGGGCUUAGCCAAUCCAAUCUAAUCACCAAAACUAUUACAAUAUACGGAUGGUCCAAUGUCGCGAACAAAAAUAUUUAUGCUUUUUCAAAAGUGACUGAUCUGAUUUGAGCCUUUAAAUGAUGCAUUAAAGGUGAUUCGAAAUACUGAGUUUGGACCUUCUUGGCGCUAAGUCCUGAUAUCUUUGGUCCCGGGGAGUUUUGUCGGUUCCGUGUAGUUACAUAUGAAUUUCGAGCAAACUCAAUUUUGAAAAUUCNAGUCCUGAUAUCUUUGGUCCCGGGGAGUUUUGUCGGUUCCGUGUAAUUAUAUAUGAAUUUCGAGCAAACUCAAUUUUGAAAAUUCAGAAAAUUAAAAGAGGGGGGGGGGCGAAAUUACGCAGGCCAAAAAAACGACAUAAAUCGAUCAAAAUACUAUUGUGUCCACUUGACUCACGUUACUUUCUUUUCUUUUUUUUUUUUUCCUGAAAUUCGCAGGUACAUGCACACGGCCGCCGGACCGGGGGCGCCGUCCAUCCAACAGUCACCCGUCGACCACGGUCACCACUAUCUGACCGACUUCAACCACCACCAUCAUUCGCAUCACCACACGUCGCUAAUGGCCCAUCACCAUCACGGCACCGCGGCCUAUUGAAACAAAUCCCCCGCUUCGUAUUACGACACCGUCGCGGCGUCUACCGAGUGGAGGUAGCACACGACCGCCGCCGCCAUCGACGCCGUUCGCUUUCCGUCCGUUGCAAUGACGAGAAACGCCGGAAUCGCUGACGUCACGCGUACUACCCAUACUAUAAUAUCGUAUUGUUUUGUCGGAAAACUAUUUUAUUAUUUUUUUUUUUUCGAUUUCCCCCCCCUCCUCUUUUUAUUCCGACAAAAUGUAAUAAAUUUAAUUUUUUGUAUCGCGUGCACGCAUUAUUGCGCACGCCUAUUGAAUUUAUUAUCGUUGCGACUGUGUAAUAUACGUGUACGCGCGCGCGCGCGGACGUUGUUGAUUUUAACGUGUUUAUACAUAUACGUAUUAUUUAUCGACGACUUUUUUUUCUCAUUACGAUAUAUGAAGUGGGGGCCUCCUGUGAUUUUGUAUUUAUAAUAUAACGUUGUUAUCAUUAUUAUUAUUAUUAUUAUGUAAUUAUUAUUUUUUUUUUUUUUUAUAUAAGUGUGAUUAUCGAUGGGUUUUUUUUUUUUUACUUAAUUCAAAGGUUCACGUGUAUUUAUUGAUAUUAUCCGGAGACAUUGAUUUUAUACACCUAUCGCCUAUUAAUAUAAUGAUAUUAUCGUAAUAAUACCUAUAUUAUUUUGUACACGUUUUUUUGUUUUUAUUAUUAUUAUUAUAAUUUUUUUUUUUUUUUACGCGUGAAAACGUUACCGGUACCACAGGCGUUAUUUUUGUCGUUUGUUAUUACUAUACUUAUACUACAUAGAAUAUUUAAAAACCUUUCGGUUUCUGUGCCUUUUGAAAAAAAAAAAAAAUUUGACGACGACAAAUAAUAUUAUUAAUAAAUCGUUACUCCGAUACGAUAUGGGAUGUUAAACAAAUCACUCUAUUAUUAUGUUCGAUAAAAUAAUAUCGCCGUUUAAGGAGCAACACCGCCUAUAUCAUUUUUCGAUUGAAUUGAGUUGGACGUAAAAUAUUGUAUUUUAGAGCCAAAAGUGUACAGUACGAAAUAUGUAAAGUUUGCAGCUCGAAACUCUUAGUGUGUUGUAGAAAAAAAAAACGAUUUUAUUUUUAUGAAUAUUUUCUGACUUAAGGGAUGGUAAAAUAAUAAACCAAUGAUUGUCUAGGUCAUCACUUAAUAUUAAAUGACCACUGGUAAUAAAAAAUGUUACCAUCAAAUUAAAAUUAAAGCGCGCUAAUGUAUAUACGUCUCUAGUUUGUGACAUUGCUUUAUGUAAAAUAAUUUAACAAUAUAUACAGUUAAAUUGUGAAUAACAAUAUAUACAGUUAUUCACAAUUUACCUACCAUAAAUCGCUAUGUAUCUAAAUUUUAAGUUGCUUCUAUUUUUUUUUUUUUUUUUGCUCUCCUGCAAUAAAGUCGAGAAAAACGAGAUACGCGGUGUUGCUACUAUUAACCGAAAAUAUUAUAUCAAAUUAUUAUUUGUGUGUCCUUCCAACAAAAAAAACUGUAAUCUUCCAUUCGUUUACAGGUACCUAUUAUAAACUAUUAAAUAUUAUAAUAAAAUUUAUUAUAAUUAUUAUAGACUAUAUUAUUAUUAUUGUACAACCUUGUAAUAUUAAAAAUACUGAAAGAGUUCGAGAUGGCCUGCUCUUGUACUCUCUUUCAGUUUUAUAAGUAGAAAAAAUUAAAUCAUAUAAUUAUAUAAUAUUAUGUAUUGAAGGCCCAAAUUGUAAAAAACUAUUUAUAAUAUAUAUAUUUAUAUAUAUAUAUAUAUAUAUAUUUAUAUAUAUAUAUAUUAUAUACAAAUAAAAAUUAUAAGUGAUAUAUGGAAAUAAAAUUUAUUUGUGUUUAAAAAAAAAAAGUUGGUUUAAUAUUGUUAUUAUAAUUGAUUUUCGGUAGUACUCAAUUAAAAUGUCAAAAUCACACUACCGGAAAUUAAUUAUCUAAAUACCGAUUUAAAAAACGUUUACAAUUAUUUGUUUGGGUUCAGAAUUCUGGAAUAUUAAGUCAGCACGUCAUAAAUGUAGAGGUCGUCCCGGCCAAAGGUAUACGUCGAAGGCUGUGGUUGAAAAUGUCCGGGAGGAACGUGAAUAGAAGAAAGUGAGACUAUGUAAGAAAAGAUGAC